CUCCUCUUCCCCGCUGCCAAAGGAGAAAGAGCCGCGGGGGAAGGUGGCGAGGUUGCGCUCGCGUGCGCCUCUUUCGUUGGUGAGCGGCAGCGCCGCCUUCAGAGCGCAGCGUCUCCUUCGUUUUAGGAAGAGGGAGGGAGGAAGCGAGUGAGAGAAAGGCAGGGACGCAAGAGAGAGAGAGAGAGAAGGGGGCUCCCUCCUCCUGUUGCUGCUGCUGCUCGUGGACUUCUCUCUCUUCUUCCGCCCAUCCCUCCGCCAGCCAGGAUUAGCAACAGCCCCGAGGGCACCCGGAGUUCAGUUUACAGCGCGCGCUUGGCUGGGAGCGCCUCCGAGAGGAGAAGGAAUCCGUGCGCCUUCGCCCUCGCCGCCUCGCAUCCCUCCCCAACCUGCUACCGUCGUUUCUAUUGCUAGAGACGCGCCGAGGCUACUCCUCUCUCUCUCUCUCUCUCUCUCUCUCUCUCUCUCUCUCUCUCUCUCUGUCUUCCCUUCCCGACCAUGGAUUUAUCCCUGAGGUUAAUCAUUCUGUCCUGGCUCUACCUGGAGGCUUUAGGGGACUUCGACGGAAGGUAAGCGCAGACUUUGGACACUUUGGACACUGGACCGACGGAUGGGGAGGCGAGGCGAGAAAGACCCAGGGCGGCGGGCGGGCGGGGCGGGCGGGCUCAGGCUCCUCUGGGGAACCUGGGAGUCCCAACUUGCCAGCCGGGGAGACUCGUCGUCGUGACACAUUCGCCCCACGCUUGCCCGAGAGGUCAGGGCUUUUUCCGGAGUGUGCAAGGGACAGAUCUGGCGCUUGGCGCGCGCUCGGCACUCGGGAAAAAACACACGCGGCAGACGCACCUGCAAACCCCAACUGCAGAGGGCACAGGAGCAUAAUCCGUAGAAAUAAGGGAAGGGGAGGGUUAGUUUGUUCCCCCUUUCCCCAUGCAGUAACUAAUAACAAGGACUACAACAAUCCUACGAGGCAGGUCAGUGUCUCCUUGUUGCAAAUACGGGACAUUGACACACAUAGAGAUGGCUUGUUUCACGGAGGAAUGAGUCAAAUCGGGGACUUCUGGUGCACAAUUUAGGCUGCAAUCUGAAGCCCACUUGCCUGGGAAUAAGAGCCGUUGAAUUACUUCUGAGUAGACAUAGCUAGGAUUUCACUGUCAGUGUCACUACAGCAGUUUUCUUGGCCUGGGGGGCUGCAUUUGUAGGAAUGGGUUGUUUUCAAUCCUGUUUAUUUAUCAGAGCAUAUUAUUUAUAAUACUGGAGUAUUGAUUAUGUUAAACACAAUCUAGGUGUGUUUUAUUUGAAAAUAACUUCCAUUUUUGUUCUCCGGAACUUGCCUUUGAGUAAGUGUGUGCACAAUUCAACUCCUAAUCUAGACUGAUUCUUCCUUAUGGGCUUUUAACUGUAAGGUCAACUAAAAGGGUGGAUUCCUGUUACUUUCUUAGAGCAGGUGGCAACGAUUUAGUUGGGGGUUCUAAUCUGGAUGAGGAAUUGUACUGCAUAUGAAACCAAAGGAAAAUUGCUCUGGAUUAAUUGACAGGAAGAAGACAAGGGUGUGUGGCAGUCAUAUCAAUGGAUGUUGGCUGCAUUCCAUGGAUUUCUUUUUCCAUGAUACUUUUGACACAUCUCACAAAAGGGAAACAUAUCAACAAGAACUUCAGAAUAAAGUACAUUGAUUAUUGUGCUGUGUGUGCAUUGGCAACCAUUUCCCCUUUAUUUAUGCAGAAUUGUGCAGAUUGUCAAAACUGAAUAGCUGAAACCUCCAAAACUCAUUUAUGUAUAUAUAUAUUUACAUGGUGCAGAGAAGGGACAUCCCUUAGGUGAAUUGUACAACCAACAUCAAGUCUGCAAAUAUUCAUAAUACCCCAAGUACUCGUGUGUGUGUGUGUGUGUUUUCCAGACAUACUUGUGUAGCUGCAAAACAGGUAUCUAAAGUAGGAAAUAGAAAAGCUGUGAAAUGUAGGGUUAGCUUGCAUUCCCUCAUGGAAUGUACAUACUUCACUUGUGUGGAGAUGUGAGAUAGACAAGCUUUGACAGGUUUGGGCAACCCAGAGUUCUUUAUAACUUUAUUACUCAGUUGCUAUUUCCAUGCAAAAUAGCCAAUAAUCUCUGUGUGAUUUAUCAGGUAGAUCAUGGCUAUUGUGUAUUUUGUAUAUAAAGCCAUCUCAAUUUGAAAUUUGUGGUGAAUUGAUGACUGUUACAAAACAGUUUCCUUUUUAGAUGCCAUGGUGCACACGGCAGUGGCAAGCAAAUUGACUGGGAGGUGUUAGUUUCCAGUGGAAUCUGUUUAAUGUUCUCUGGUAUCCCCCAAGCCAAGGAAAAAAGGCACACCUGGAAAUUUGCCUCAUUCAUUGACUGGAAAUGACGAAAGUCUGCAAACUGACACAGUGUCUUUUUCUUAAGGAAUUUAUGAAGACACCUGGGGAUAGUGAGGUGUAGCCAACCCUUUUUGUAUAUAGUUUGCAGUCAAUGUAAUGAGCUCCUGUGGCUUUCACAGUAUCUGAAAUUUGCAUGUGCAACUGCACCUAAUUUGGAGAAGCUUGCACAGGUGGAGGUACUUUGUAUUAUUUCUACCCUGCAUUUUGAAGCAAGCCAUCGUAAGCUGGCUAGCAAUAAAUAUGUUUAUAGCAAUACAGCAAUGAUAUAAAUAGCAUGUAAUAAAAUGACAUUGAACUAAAUGGGGGGCACCAAUAAGAUGCUCACACUGCCCUAAAUCUGCCUCUGCUAGAAGAAGAGUUUGGAUUUGAUACCCCGCUUUAUCACUACCUGAAGGAGUCUCAAAGCGGCUAACAUUCUCCUUUCCCUUCCUCCCCAACUCUGUGAGGUGAGUGGGGCUGAGAGACUUCAAAGAAGCAUGACUAGCCCAAGGUCACCCAGCAGCUGCAUGUGGAGGAGCGGAGAUGCGAACCCGGUUCACCAGAUUACGAGUCUACCGCUCUUAACCACUACACCACACUGGCUCACUGCCAGGGGUAGCUCAGUUGUCUUUCAUCCUUUUAAGCAGUAUGGAGGGUUUUUACUAAAGGUUGCAGAUCUGUGUGGUAGAAUGAUUGACUGGAAAUGCUUCUUCCUUUUUUUUUCUUUGUAAAAGAAAUACCACAGAACCUAACAACAGUUAAGGUUCAACUAUUUAAGCCACAUGUGUGAAUCCACCUUAUGCAGUUGUUUUGAUUGAGUUCUUUUUAUAUGUAAAAAUGGUAGUUACUUGUGACUAGAUGCAGUGGUGUGGAGAUGCAUACCCAACUGAAUAAUCAUCCAGUUGAAAGUGAUGAAGUGUGCAUGGAUGAAAUCUGUAGCUGGAUAUGUACCUAGGGGCAGUUCCUAACACACAUUUGGAUGUGCAUCUUAUUUAUGCUCGCUGUUCCUAAUAAUACACAUUCAGAAACUUAUUUUCAUGCAUGCAUGCAUUUCUUUACCUGGACUGGAUAUUUAUGCAGCACUGUCUGUAUUUGAAUAUAAUGUUAUAUCAUGAUUUAGUGUUGUGUGAAAGAGCCUAGAAGACUUCAACUUUUCUCAAGCUUGCACAUUCCCUUCUCUUUCCUCCUCCCGCACAGCUGGGAGGAAAAGUUCAGAAGCAUUCAUUUCUGCUUUUAAUUAACUGCGAUUUGUUGUUACAUCCUAACUGGUUUUUAACACUCACUGUGGUUUAACAAGCUAUCUCAACUACCCAUGGUUUUAAAUUGGCUUGUUCGGAAGCCAGCCAUAGUUAAUGUUGAAUGACUAUCCUCGGUUCAGAUGAAAUGACAAACUGUGAUUAAUUAAAACAGAAAGCAAAAGCUUCUGAACUUCUUAUCCCAGCAGUACAGAAAGGGGAGGGAGGAGUGUGAGAGCCCAGAAUGAGGCUAGGCUCAUUUACGUAGUGCUAAACUGUGGUUUUGCAUUGUGUUUGAACACAGCCAUUGAGUCUCUAUUUAGUAAAUGUAGCAUGAGAACUAAUGCAGUAACAGCAAUUCCUUCAAUUUCUUCUUGCUAUGUGCCCAAUAAUCCAUUUUACUUCACGAUCAUACGGAUCUGCUGGAUGGCUUAUUUUAAAAAAUCCCAUUUAAUAUACAAAUCUUAUUUUAUAAGCUAAAUAAGUCAGAAAUUGAUGUCUUGAGCACAGAGUCAGUGAAUCAGUAUACCAAGAAGACUGCAGCUCAAGUUUAAACAUGAAUCUAGAUAAGUGAAAUGCGAAAAUGAGCGCUGAAGAGCUGGAAUGUGUGUGUAAUUGCUACAGCUAUAAUAUGUCAAAAUGUGAUGAAAAACUUUGAUGCAAAUUAGGGAGUAGGUCAUGCAGAAUGUAGAAAAGACUAAACAGGAUCUUGCAUGAAAAGGUCCUUCCUUUAACUGUGCUUUUCUCAAUUUGUUUAGCAGUUGACAUUUAUCUCAUAUGGACACUUUGCUCCAAUAAAGUAUGUUUUAUUCCUACCUCAUUGUGCAUUGCAGUGUAGUGUCAGGGUCCACAAAUUCCACUUGUUCAUGAUAGUCAACCCAACAUUUGUGGUCACCAGGAUUCCAUCUAUUCCCCUAGGGUAGUGUUUUUAUUGGGUUCUUGCACUGCUGUUCUGAAAUUCAGCACAGUGUUGGGGACAAUUCCACACCUCAGUUGCUUCAAACUUGGGAGGAGAGCUGGAGAUUGUCACAGUUGUGUUGUAAUUCCAAGGUGCCACAAGAGCCCCAGAGGUACAGGGCAACCCACAAGAGGCUCAAUCACCUCCCAUAUUUUGAGGAUGGGGAAGAAGCAGGGGAAAUCAUCUUCUGAAGUUAGAACGUGCUUCAAAUGGAUUUGGAGGAGAAUAGGAAAGUUACAUGUAUAUAUGUAUAAGUUUUAUCGAUGUCGGUCCUAAGAUCAUAGCCAGGACUUGUACAUAGCUGUGGGGAUGUCAUCAGCUCUCCAGAUGUUGCUGAACUACAACUCCCAUCAACUUUGCCCAUUGACCAUAAUUGCUAGGGCUGAUGGGAGUUGUAGUUCAGCAGCACCAGGAGGACCAAAGGUCCCCUACACCAGCAUUUCCCAACCUUGGGCCUCCAGCUGUUUUUGGACUACAACUCCCAUAAUCCUCAGCUAGCAAGACCAGUGGUCAGGGAUGAUGGGAAUUGUAGUUCGAAAACAGCUAGAGGCCCAAGGUUGGGAAACACUGCCCUACACCUAGUUUAUUACUUUAGUAAUAUCCCUGUGGGGCAUAACAAGUUCCACUGAGCACAGUAUCAUGAAAGAAAGGGAAGGACCAUAGGUUAGUGGUAGAUCAUCUCUUUUGCAUGCAGAAGGUCUCAGUUUCAAUCUAUGGCAUCUCCAGGUAGGACUAGAAGAAGCCCUGGAGAACUGCUGUAUCCGUGUUCUGACUCAGUAUAAGAAAUCUUCCUGUGUUUCUAAAUGAGAAUGUAUGAGAGCAAUGUAAGAGCGGUUGUCCAAGCUAACAAAGACCUGAGUCUCAUUGGUGGUGGGUUAUACAGAGCCUUCAGAAUCCCUCCACCCAAAGCUAAGGGGGUGCUGGAACUGUGGCCCAUCACACUGCGACUACCCAUGGUUUCAUGAAAAAACAUGGAGCAGAAGAGACAAGCAUAGAACAAACAGAACGGAGGGAUGGAUGGCUAUUCAUGGUGGGAUACAAGGGUUUGGGAUAGUAAAACCUUCUAAACAUUAUGGAGGAAGAGGGUGGUUGUUUACAAUUCAGACCUUGCAAAGGCUGUCCCAUACAAGUGAGCAGUUCUGUCUGUAGGAGUUCCAUUGGCUCUGAAGAUUUCAUGGCACCGUUACAACCACCAGGAAAUGCUUUGCAAUAUCUUUGAUUUUAGGGCAUGUGGCCAUAUGGUAGUUUCCCCAUGCUUUGGAUUUUGAGAAGCCUCCUUGUCAAGGUAGUUAUUGUGUGAAUCUGACCUAAAAGGAAAACUAAAAGCAUGAUAAAGGUAUGUUUCUUAUGAUGCAACACUUAGGAAAUGGGUUAUGUUAAGCGAAGAAGAGAUGAUAAAGGAGGGUAUUUUAGUUAACCAAAAUAUCUACAUAGAAGCAUGAAGAGAUAAAACAAGGGUGCACUUUACCUUUUGAGGACAGGACAAGGAACAAUGGCUUCUGAAAAAGAUUUCAGUUGGCAGGAAGGUCCAUUAAUCUUAACCUUUGCAAAACUUUCCUGUAGCCUGUCUCACACCUGCGUGCGCGUCACUGAUUCCCCCCCCUGCCCACCUGGCAGCUGGCAACUGAACGAACAUACUGCAAUGAAAAAUACUGCCUCUGAGUUGACAUGGGAAAGAUGGAAAGUUCUGUUAUGAUGCUAUAUUUGCAUAAUCAUCAAGUGAUAGCUGUGAUAUCAAGUAAUGUCUUGCAGAUGCACCAUCACGAACUUGUGUGUCUGAAUACACCCGAAUCCUGCUUUAAAGUAACAGGUGCAGUUCAGUGUACUGGAGUGAGUUGUUAAGGAAGACAGUAAUUGUCUCCAGUGGAAAUUUUCAGUCCAAAGGUUUUAGAGGCCUUUUGUCAAGAAUCCUAUAAGUAUAGAAUGUCAAUAUUGUGUCACAGGGCAGCAGGACUAGGCUAGAUGAGCUGCUGGACUCCUUGCAACCAUGUGUCCUCAUGUUCAUUCUUUUCCAAAUUUAUUUUUGGCGUUGGUGCAGGUGGCCCAGGCAAAUACUUUCCACGACUGGAUUGUGCCGUUUUGGAAGCAGAGUCGACUGCUGCUGGGGCUGGGCUCGCCACUCAUGGGGCCAAUGCCAACGUGAGUAUCAACACUGCUGGGGCUUUGAGCCUUUUAAAACAGGGCUUGUUCCUCUCUAAUAAUGGCUUUCAUAUAAUCACAGACACUCACAUGAUGCAGGGCUUAUAAUGUACAUGGGGCUUUUGCUUUCACCUAGAGGGACACUGACAGGUUAAGAAUCUUACCCAUUUUAAAUUCCAGAUUUCCAUAUGAACAGUACUGUAAGUUAUGGAAAUUAAAUACAGCAUUAAACCAAAUGUAUCUUCAUUUCAUUAUUAUUAUUUUUUACAGCAUUACAUUUGAUUCAGGGUGGUUUUUGUUUUUGAAAAAGUUUAUCUACAUAAUUUUUGUUUGUAGAUUAACAUUUUCUGUUCCCAAUUUUCCGAAAAAAGGGUGGAACUUAUUGCAAUCAUAAGCAGUUUUUAGCUGUAUACUUUGUUCUUUAAUAACAUUUAGAGAAGGUUAAACAAGAACCUUUCAGAAACAUCCUUACUGAAGUUAAAGGAAAAAGAUUAAAAUAAAUCCUUCCCAGAUUAUGCUCCAGUAUUUAACCUGACAGUGUCUUGCGGUGGUACAUAUAUUAAUAACAUUUCUCACUUUCUCAUUGCCCUGUCAACUUUAUCAACUACAAUUUCUGAAAAAGAAGCAUUCAGCUAGAAGCUAUAGAAGCGAUGGGAAUACCAAAAUGCUGGCUUUCAGUUGAAUUGGAAAGCUGACCAAAGUAGCCAGACAUAGAUUGCCAUGUUUUCUGUUGCCUACUUGCAUAUUUUUCUAUGUUUGCACCAGAUUAGACACAAUCUCACAAUCACAGAAUCAUAAAAUAAUUAGAGUUGGAAGCGACCAUGGAGGUCAACUCCUUGCUCAAGCCAGAGAUUACAGUUCAGGAUGCCUACUUGACACCUAGCUACCCUUGGCUUGAAUACCUCCAGAGAACAAGAGCCCGCCACCUCCUGAGGCAGUCCGCUUCACUCAAGGCCAGUGCCAUAACAAGGCAAGCUAAGAAGACAUUUGUCUUGUAUAGCAGGUGGAGAGUAUGGUGAUCUGGCAACCCCUCUCCACUUACUUGCCUUGUCACCCUUCUGGCCCUGCUUGUGCUCCCAGCCACCCCAUUCAGUUCCCGAGCACAAUUCAAAGUGUUGGUGCUGACCUUUAAAGCCCUAAAUGGCCUCGGCCCAGUAUAUCUGAAGGAGCGUCUCCACCCUCAUCGUUCUACCGGACAGAGGUCCAGUGCCGAGGGCCUUCUGGUGGUUCCCUCACUGCGAGAGGCCAAGUUACAGGGAACCAGGCAGAGGGCCUUCUCGGUAGUGGCGCCCACCCUGUGGAACACCCUCCCACCAGAUGUCAAAGAGAACAACAACUACCAGACUUUUAGAAGACAUCUGAAGGCAGCCCUGUUUAGGGAAGCUUUUAAUGUUUGAUGUAUUACAGUAUUUUAAUAUUUUGUUGGAAGCUGCCCAGAGUGGCUGGGGAAGCCCAGCCAGAUGGGCGGGGUAUAAAUAAUAAAUUAUUAUUAUUAUUAUUAUUUUAUUGCUCUCCACAUUUUCUUUCUCCUUGCCUCAUUCUGAGGGUUGUUUCUCUGAUUGAGGCAUUCUGGGCCUGGCAAGUGCCACUGUUGUAGUUUGCUGCAGCUAGAAAAAGAUGUUUACAAUGAGUCACUUCAAACUUUUAAAAGUUUGAGCAGCAUUUACUCAGCUUGUUGCAGUAGCGGUGGCAGUGCAGGCACUCUCCUAGACACCUCACCCAGAAUGCCUUGCUCUGAGGAAGGAAGAAGAGUUUUGGAUUUGAUAUCCCGCCUUUCACUCCCUUUAAGGAGUCUCAAAGCGGCUAGCAUUCUCCCUUCCCUUCCUCCCCCACAACAAACACUCUGUGAGGUGAGUGGGGCUGAGAGACUUCAGAGAAGUGUGACUAGCUCAAGGUCACCCAGCAGCUGCAUGUGGAGGAGCGGAGACGUGAACCCGGUUCCCCAGAUUAUGAGUCUACCGCUCUUAACCACUACACCACACUGGCUCUCAAGGAGCUCCAUGGUCCUUCCUCAGAGUGGGGUAGGGAGGAGGCAAAGGGGAAGGCAGGAAAACUGCCAGUGCCACCACCACAAUAAUGUGGCGGCAAGAUGAGUGGCCGUGGGGGAGAAUGGAGCAUAGGAGGAGGAGGGGUAGUGAGGAAGCAACAAUGAUGGGGAAGAGGCAGAGGAGAGGGUGAUGGGAGGAGGAGGAGGACCUGGCAGUGCAACCUUUUGCACCAGCCAUGUUUCCACUAUCUAAGAGCUCUUACUACUAGGAAGCUUCUCCUAGUGUUUAUCCUAAAUCUGCUUCUCUGCAAUUUCUAUCAGCUGGUUCUAGUCCUGCGCAAAACGAAGCCUGUGGCAACAAUAAAAAUGCAAAAUCUGGCACGCUGUAGACAAUCAACCACAAAGCUUUCUUCACAAUUGAUAAAGUACAUUUCUUCAAGCAUCAAUCUGUCUUCAUUGUUGUGAUGGAAUGCAGUUGGUUGCAGUGUGACAUUUGUGCUUCUUUCCUGCCCCAAAUUAAGGUUUUUAUUGGUUCUGCUGAUUGAUGCUCUGCAGUUGACAAAUCUAAUUAGAACUUUACCUCUGUACUCCGAGCACAAAUGGAUGCAGUCCAACCAGAGUUGAACAUUUCAGUCUCCCACUGUUUCUAAUGGGAAAGAGUUGCACCUAAGCUUAAUUCUCCCAUUGAAAUAAAUCUAAGUGAAAAAUGCUUAACUUAGUUGGGCAAUGAACAAUAUUUAUUUUUCUUUUUUUUAAAAAGAACCCUAUUUAUAUAAGUUUGCAUCUCAAAACAUUUCGAACCAUUUAAAUGCAAACCUAAAACAUCUCAAUUCGCAAAUAUCUUAAAACAAAAUAAAGUAUCGAGGGAGGAACUGAAGGAAAGAACAAUGCAUUUAUACAACGUGACUUCCUCUUCCUCUGCUUAAGACCCUCUGCACCUCCAUAAUGUAUUUGGGAAAGUCCCCCCCCCUUCCAUUCUCUGGAGCAGGUUUUGAGGGUGCUGAGCAUGGGUGUAGCCAAGCAGAGGUGGGGGAGCAGCUGCCCCCCCAAGUAAAACAAUAACUGACCAAUCACAUGGAUUCUGUCCUGCCUAACAAAAGUCCUGCUCCCCCGACAAAGUCUCUCCCCCCCCCCCAAAUCCUGGCUCCACCCAUGGUGCUGAGGAUCUGUGGUGGGGAGGAAGUUUCAUUGUGCAAGUGGAAGUUUAUUCUGCUUGUGUAAUAACAGCUUUGGAUACAUUUCCUAGAAACUCCACUGAAGUUUCACAUAUAAAUGUGAAAAUGAUUCACAUUUAGUUAGUGAUAUAAGGCAUGAAAAUCAUUACUUUACAUCAAUGUAAUAAAUGCUGGUCAAAUGAUUAGGAAGUUGUCAGGAAUAGUAGGAUCCAGUUAUAUCACUUUCAUUUGGCAUCAUUUCUUCUUAUCCACAAUAAAUAGGUUACCAGGCUAUUAUUUUCUGAGCCACAUUAAAUAACAAAUUCUUUGUUACCCAUUUAGCUUCUUUAAAGAAAAAAAAUAAACCAAUCUCAUCUCUUUUGAGGGGAAAAGGCAUGUUUUUAUUCAAACAAUUCAAGAAUACCAUUUUUGGAUCCAGGGGCAGAUAAUAGCCAGUGGUUUUGUGUAAUUAUUUUUAAACAUUAUUUAAAAAUGGUCACUGGAGCCAUUCCCUUAAGGAAGAGCAAACAAAAUUGCAAUGAUUAACAGUUACUUGAGAUUUCAGCUGGGUUUUAAGGAAGAUGCCAUAUAAGAAGAGUAGUAAUUGUUCUGCGAAUGAUCCGCACCAUCUUUGUAACUGCUGUUAUCACUCUUAAUAUACAAAACACUUUGCAGAUCCCAUUUAAUUUACUCUUGCAGUAACCCUGCAAAGGAAAUCACCAUUUACUACUGGGCAAGUCUGAAAAAUGAGUGACCUGCCAAGUUGAAUUCAGCCCACUAAAACUAUAAGGUGGCUUGCAAUGUGCUUGACAACAUAUCUCCCCACCCCCCAAUUUUUGUAGUCUCAGGUGGGCAGCAAAAACUGGUUUAGCGAGUCCCUAGUAUGCUCCCAUGCAUGACUGCUGGGCUGGGUUCAGCUUAAUGGGUCAAAAGUUGUGCAGGCCUGUAGGUGAAAGAGGAGUCACAUGGUGUCAUGGUGGGUGGAGGCAGCAGGAAGAUAGAACCAGGAUGGAGCUUGUGCAUCCCACACUGACUGGGUGCUGCUUAUUGCAGGUGCAAUAGGCCCCUAUCUGAUGAGAGAGAUUCACAGAGGGAGAGCCAAUGUGUUCUGCCAACAGUUCACCUAACCUCCAUCCUAGGAGUUUGCAAACUCGACAGGUUACGGCAGCAGCACCUGUUCCUUCUGCCCUUUGUCUCCAAGAACAGGGGAGACUUGGGGUAGAGGGCAGCAGACCACGGUGCUCUCUGAGCCUAAGGUAGCAGUGCUGAUUAUCUGUUUGGGGGCUCCUUUAUGAAGUGUGUGUGUGUGUGUGUGUGUGUGUGUGUGUGUGCUUACCUAACAUAUAGGUACUCAGGCAGCACUGAAAGUUGAACAUGCAUGCUUAUUACAAUAUAGUUUGUACAGAACACAAAUGGGUUGUUCUUCCACAUGCAUUCAUUUAUUGGGGGAAAAGAAAGAGGCACCUAGUGCUCCUCUACCUAACCCCAGCUAUUGGUACAUGGAUGGAGCCAAAGUCAGAUUUGAAAGUUGCAGCAAGAGAAAAUGCUUUGCUUGAGGUUGCACAAUGACUUCAUGCUCAAAUACAUUUUCAGAAAAAAAUUCCUGGGAUUUAGCAGGAGCUUGAUUUACAGAGAUCAGUGCAUAAAGAUCUACACCAGGCAUAGGUAAACUCGGCCGUCCAGAUGUUUUGGGAUUACAACUCCCAUCAUCCCUAGCUAACAGGACCAGUGGUCAGGGAUGAUAGGAAUUAUAGUCUCAAAACAUCCAGAGGGCCAAGUUUGCCUAUGCCUGAUCUACACAACAUGUAAAGGUAAAGGGACCCCUGACCGUUAGGUCCAGUCGUGGACGACUCUGGGGUUGCGGCGCUCAUCUUGCUUUAUUGGCCGAGGGAGCCGGCAUACAGCUUCCGGGUCAUGUGGCCAGCAUGUCUAAGCUGCUCCUGGCGGAGCAGCUCACGGAAACGCUGUUUACCUUCCCGCCUAUUUAUCUACUUGCACUUUGACAUGCUUUCGAACUGCUAGGUUGGCAGGAGCAGGGACCGAGCAACGGGAGCUCACCCCAUUGCGGGGAUUCGAACCGCCGACCUUCUGAUCGGCAAGUCCUAGGCUCUGUGGUUUAACCCACAGCGCCACCCGCGUCCUAUACACAACAUGUAGAUAAGCAUUAAUGUCUGCUGAACAAGUAUCUGUUGAAGGCAAAGGAGCAAGAACCAGUAGGAAAAAAAUAUCUACCUAAUGCCUGAAAUAAAUACAUCAAGAUAGAAUUCCUUCCUAUUAGAAACUAAAAGUUCAUCACUAAAGUGACAAAUACCAUUUGGUGUGUUGAAAAGGUCACCAGCAGGGCUGAUCUGAAACAAUGGGGGCGGGUGCUUUGUGAACAUUUCUUCACCAGCAAAUCCCUUCUUCCUUUCAGAUUUCUUUUUUUUAAGAGGAGUUUUUGAAAAGGUGUGGAAGUGUUUGCUCAUUCAGAGUCCUGACAAUACAACACAGGAAACAUUGCCUCCUCACUUUGAAAUAGCUCCCUUUGCCCCCAGAGACACCAUCAAGCAACUAAAUUUGACUGGUUAUGUUAAGCAUUGUGUGCCUUCUGAAUUAGCUUUGUCCAAGUGGAUUUACUAUACAAUGGCAUCAGUGUUCCCUGGAAGAAGUUUGAGAAGCACUAAAGUAUCUGCUAGUGGAGUAGUUAUGCGUGGGCUGUGGAAAAAGGUGUGGGAUAUUUCAGAUCCCAUAGAAUCACUGAAAAUAUUUGUAGGCAAACAUUAAGCACAGCUCUAGCCGUCAAGCUUUUUGACAAGACCAAAGCAGAAAGUACAAACCAAGAGAAAACCAAGAACCUGAAUGGACACAGGGACUGAGCUUCUUAACAUGACACCAAGGCAGGCAGGCUACACAUCCUAAGCUCAGGCUUCAUAAACAGAAUCAAAAAUAGAUAUAUUAGAUGCAACCUUUGCCAGACUGCUGCCCUCCCAAGGUUUUGAACUACAGCUCCCAUUAGUAUGUGCUGGCUGAUGGGUGAUGUAGUUCAGAAUAUCUUCAGGGCAUCAGCUUUGCAAAGGCUGCAUUAGACAACCACAUGGAAAUCGAAAUUUUAAAACACAUUGGACACUUGGAACAGGGAAGCAAUAGCAGAACAAUAAACACAGGAUUGGGCUGUUAAGACAUAGUCCCCCCCCCACACACACCUGCUUGCCAAUAGUAUUAAAGUCAUUGUUAUUUUCAGCUUUAGUCAGAUAGAAAAGAGAUUUUUCAUGCUUGUGCUAAAGAUGGAAUUUCAGCAUCAAGCAAUGGGCUCCCAUUUUAGCAGCUUUUUCUAUAAUUACAUAUAGGCAAACCAUGAUGAAUGACAAGAGACUGGAGCAGGGCAAGUCUGAUGCCAGUUUUAAGAGGAGGCCUGUGAAUAAUCCAGCCAAACAGGCCAAAAAGUUAGAAGACUUACUGGCCUGUAUUUGGUUGGAUAAUUCAUAGUAUUAUUAGUAAAUGAUAACAUGAAACAUUUAUAGAUGACUGGAUAGAAGUAGAAAGUGUUCCGUUUCAUGAGCAAGCUGGUUUUAGACAAGGCAGAUCUGCUUUGGAUCAUUGAUUCCCCCCUCCCCCCGACCUACUUAGUUGAGACCAACUGGUUACCACUUUCAUUGACUUGAAAUGUGCCUGAUACAAAAGCUCCUGAAAAAAUUAUAGGAUAAAUUGGCAGGUUUCUUAAAAGCUUUAUACCAAUGAUUCAUUUGGGAUCCAAAGUGGUACAGACUGCUCCAGGUGACAGUUCUCAGGAAGUAUGACAGGGUUGUAUAGCAAAGUAGAUUAGCAGUAUUGCUUCACCGUUGAGUGCAGUCGGCAUAAAACAUGGCACAUCCUCUAAAAGUUAAUGUGCAACUUUGGCUCCAAAGGAGAAAUACCUACUGUGCUAUGGAAUGGAAAGUUCUGCAGUUUCUUAAGUGGCAGCACUGGACUCAUCACAUAAACUAAUAUGUGAUGAAUCUAGUGAUGAGCCCUUGCAGGCAGUACCUGGUUUCAACAUGUGUGCUCCUUUUAUAACAAUGGCAUCCUAUGUUUGGAUUAAAGACACAGACUUCAAAAGACAGACAGAUAGAUUGAUAGAUAGAUAGAGAGGGGCGUGGAGGAAGAGGGCGGUGGGGUCAGUUUGCCCUGCGUGUCACAACUGAGCGGGGUGGCAAAAUGCUGGGCGGCACUCACCGCGGGGCCUGCAGCGCGCCCGAGCCACACGUCUCUCCUGGGAGUGAUACGGUGGCUUGGGCACCUGCAGGCUCUGUGCUGCCCCAAACAGUCUGCCUCCCCCUCAGCUGUAGGGCGGCUGAGUAGGAGGAGGCAGGCAGACUCCUCGGAGGCCCUGCGGAGUGUCCUGCCUGGCGCUGCCCCCAGGCGCAGGACACACUCGCCACCCCAGGUGCCCAAUCAGCUUGCUCUGCCGCUGCUCACACACACUAAUAAUAAUAAUAAUAAUAAUAAUAAUAAUAAUAAUAAUAAAUUAUUUAUACCCUGCCCAUCUGGCUGGGCUUCCCCAGCCACUCUGGGCGGCUUCCAACAGAAUAUUAAAAUACAAUAACCUAUUAAACAUUAAAAGCUUCCUUAAACAGGGCUGCCUUCAGAUGUCUUCUAAAAGUCUGGUAGUGGUUUUUCUCUUUGACAUCUGGUGGGAGGGCGUUCCACAGGGCGGGUGUCACUACCGAGAAGGCCCUCUGCCUGGUGUACACGUGUGUGCAUGCAGUCAUAUAUUAUUAUUAUUUUAGCUAAGUAGCUGCUGUUUUUUCUUGACAUUGCUCAUGAGCCGUGUACACUCUUAAUGGGAUUGGAGCAGGGCCCUAUUGGGACUGGCAUAGCUUGCUGUGUUUGCUGGAUUUUCUAAAUCAGUGUCAGCAGAACACUGUAGUCUGACAAAGGUGUUGAGAAUCCUCGCAAGUUCUCAGACUGGGGGUUAGAUUAGGUCAGGCAUAAGCAAACUCUGGCCCUCCAGAUGUUUGGGACUACAAUUCCCAUCACCCCUAGCUAACAGAACCAGUGGUCAGGGAUGAUGGGAACUGUAGUCCCAAACAUCUGGAGGGCCUGGAGUUUGCCUAUGCCUGGAUUAGGUAAUGCUGCUACCAACUAAAACCAGUUUUGUACAAGGCACUGUAGAAACAUGGGUGCCAUACACAAUGAUUCAGUUUGCACGCAACCCUAAGUUACGGUUUUGUAAGCCAUUGUUUGUUAACCAAAGCAUGGCUAACACAAACCACCAGGGCUUGGUGUUACAUGCAAACAUGGCCAUUGACUUCUUAACAAGAAAAUAAUAGUCUGGUUGGUCAGAUCAAAGAUCCGUCUAGACUAGCAUACUUUCUCCCAGUGGUUAACCAGCUGGAAGACUCUGCAGAUAUCACAAACUGGGCCUAAUGGUGAUAGGCAAUCCUUGCUGUUUGUCUCCAGUAUCAGGUACUUAGCAAGAUACUGCUUUUUGAUAGCUUAGAGCCUACUCUGUUGAAAACUAAGUUUGCACCAGCUGUUCUUCAUGCCAUGUGUCCCAAAACAUACUGUGAACAACUGGUGCAGUCAACAUCUCAUCCUGGCUAAUGUCCCUGGCUAGAGCUUCACUUCCACAUUUGUCACAGAAAGGUCAGUACUAAUUUCCCCUCAGCAUCCAUUGCAAUGUAUGGAUGCACUUAAGAACAUUGUCAUCCAAGUUUCAAGGUGUCCUGCUGCAUUUAUCUCAGAGUAUCUUUACCAGCUUGCCAUGCCUACUUGGACCAACAUGGCCACUUGGACCAACAUAGUUGUGUGUUUACUUGUCCCUUACUCUUUUCUGAACAAGUGAGGAGCAAUAAAAGGGGAAAUGAGGACAAAGCUGCAAUAGAUGCAGACAUAUCCUUAUCCCAGGAGUAGCAAAUAUCUUCGGUGGGCUACAACUCCCAUAAUGCCUAACCAUUGGCUAUGCUGGCUGGGGCUAAUAGGAGUCACACCACAACACCAGCUAGAGGGCAUCACUUUGGCUGCAGCUGUUUAGCAUCUUCUUCUAGUUGAUUAGCCUUGCAGCAAACAUGGAAGCCUGGUUUCAGUGUAGGUGUGAGCCAGAAGAGAAUUCUAAAGACACAAACCAAAUUACUGAACUUGGGGAACUUAGAUCUUGAUUUGAAAAUAAGAAUCGACAGUGCAUUUAAAAACCCCCUCAAAUAAACUCAUUUUGUGUAGCUCUUGAGAGUCUUUGGACGCCAGUAACUGGAAUAAAGUAACUGAAACUUCAUUGCAACAAAUCCAUUUAGAUUUUAGUCUUAUCAACCCCUUAUGUUAAGGUCCAGGUUCUAUAGCAUCUAGUUUUCCAGCAACUAGCUUCCCCCAGAAACAAGUGAAGACAAGGUCCUGGGUGUGGCUAAUUCUGUUUUCCAGACUUCAGUUAAUAUGAAGAGAAGGGAAUAUCAAAAAGUCAAUUGAGUGCUACACCAGCGAAAUCUUUUGUUGAGGUGCCUGGUCUUUUAUGAGGAUUUAUAAUGCAGUUUAUAGCUGUAUUUAAUUUCUGUACACGGCUGAAGACGAAGGCAACAGUUCUUUUUAAAUCCUCUUACACAAGGACCUAUAAAUAAUGGAUGCUCUUACCUUUACUUGUUUGUAAGGGUUUGGGUAUGAUGCAACAGUGAUUUACAGCUCACGUCUGGUUUUGGAUUCUGUUUUGGCUGCUUCAGUGAGAUAUAUAGGAAUCUAUUCCUGCUCUUACUGCUUCCAACAAAGCUGAUGCUUGCCUCAACAGCAAAGUGUGUGCAAAGUUCCAGAAUUGUUACAUUAUUAAAUUUUACUCAGCAGAUUAAGUCAGCCACAGUGUACCGAAAAAAGGCAGACACAAAUAAUUAUAUGUCUCCGUUUAUGAGCAUCUGGUUAAUUAUCACGAACACAGGUUUUCUUUUCUGUAAUAGAGAACUUCACUAAACCCAGUCAUAUGUAACUAUGUGGAUUAACUUGUCCUUUUUUGGUCAUGUAUUCCCCCCCAUCUUGGACAAAUGUUGCAGGUGCACUAGAUUUUUGCUAUGCAAUAAUCACUUUUGUAAAUUAUAAGGCAAUUGGGUGUUGAAGGUGUUGAAGCACCUUCUCUUUUAACUAUUGGAGUGAGCCGGUGGGUGGUGGUCCUUUCCAACUCUAUAAUUCUAUGAUUUGAUAAGUAAGCGCCCUUAAACUCAGUGGUGCUUCUGAUUGUAUAUGCUAAACUUGCAAAACACACUGAGUUUUAACCCUUGGUCCUCCAUCUGGGCAAGAAAGAGAAGUGUGGCUCAUAGAGGGACUUUAAGCCAAAUGAAAGCAAAUUCUUAUCUAUAGAUGCUCAGAUAAGACUUUCCCCUCUGCUGUUUACUUUGAGGACAGGUGAUCUAAAACCAGGGCAUGAUCCACCAGACCACCUCCUGUGCAAGGAAGAUGGGAGUUUUACACAAGAACAUUCUGGUGGCAUGGGCCUGCACUGAGGAACUAAGCUGGUAUGGUAAUGACAUAUUUGACCUCAGUAAGAACUUUCAGCAUGUUUACUAUAGAGAAGAAAAUCUUUGAAAAGUGUCCAGAAAUGCAGGUCUGCAAAUGGCCUGCCUUUCCCCACUCCAUUGAAAUGCAAAGCUCCCACUCAUAUUUUGAGGGAAUAGAAUUUGGCCUUGCUCCUAUACAGAUGAAGAGUGGUAUGUGCCUCAAGGUUUUUCCUGUAGCCAUGCCAACUCUUCACCACUUCUAUAUACUGCAAAGAAGAGUUUGGGUUGUUGCACAGAAAAUAGGAAUUUCCCUUCCAUCCCAAUAUGCACAUAAAUAAGACCAGGCUUGUGUUCAAAGCCAGCCCGUACAGAACACCCUGCAGUAAUUUAAAUGGGAAUCCACUAGAAUGUGGGUCACAGCAGCCAGGAUAUCCCUGUCUAGGCUGUAGCUAGCAGGUGUAGCUGGAAAUAGACAUCCCAUGCUGCCAAAGUCAUUUGGGCUUCUAGGGGCAAGAUGGAAUCCAGGAAAUGGUUGGUCCUUGACAAUGAGAUCGUUUCAAUAUCUACCCUUCCAACUGAAACAUUAACCCACUGCCCAGUCAUGAAAACCAGGUUGAGGAUAUGUCUGCCUAAUGAGUUGGGUCAGUGAUGUACUGAGACAGCCCCAUGGUUGUUAUGGCAGCCAUUACGUCUUGAGCUGGGGCAGACAAGGUAGCCUCCACAUGGAUGCUGAAAUCUCCCAAGACAAGCAUCUGGUGGGUUUCUGGCAUCACACUCAAGACCACCUCUGCCAGCUUGGAUAGAGAGACUGCUGAGGGGCAAGGUGGUUAGUAGCAAAAUCUCCACUCUAUCUCUCUGACUCAACAUGGAUGCAUCCCACUGGGUGCGGUCAGUGGGCUAGGGUGACUAGGCUAGUCGCCUAAAUGUUCCCCUGGUGCCUCCUUCCUAAAGUCCGGGAAGGUUCUGAUUGGUUUAGGGACAGAGGCACAACGCUCAUGUCAGGAUGUCAAGACAUCACAUGCAUGACAUCGCCUGCCCCCAAUUGCAUUUACAAGCUGGCACCUCUGACCUGAAUUAUUCCCCUACAAAAAAUUUCACUGCAAGCCAUGGAUGCAUACCCUCAAGCCCAUCUCCUGUGCAGACCUGGCCUCUUGGCAAGGGAGACAGUGCCUGACUGUGUAUGACUGUGAUCUGCUUCUGGCUCGCCAGUCAGGGCUAAAAGUAAAGGUAAAGGGACUCCUGACCAUUAGGUCCAGUCGUGACUGAUUCUGUGGUUGCAGUGCUCAUCUCGCUUUAUUGGCCGAGGGAGCCGGCGUACAGCUUCCGGGUCAUGUGGCCAGCAUGACUAAGCCACUUCUGGCGAACCAGAGCAGCGCACGGAAACACCAUUUACCUUCCCGCCAGAGCAGUACCUAUUUAUCUACUUGCACUUUGACAUGCUUUCGAACUGCUAGGUUGGCAGGAGCAGGGACCGAGCAACGGGAGCUCACCCUGUCGUGGGGAUUCGAACUGCCGACCUUCUGGUCGGCAAGUCCUAGGCUCUAUGGUUUAACCCACAGUGCUACCCACGUCCCUCCGGUCAGGGCUAGUGUUGCACAAAACACUGGUGCUGCACUGAAAUGGGGCAAAGGUAGGUUCGGCUCAACAUAAAUUUGAGAAGAGUUGAUAGUGUUGUCAGAUGGAGGCAAACAUGACUUGGUUGAACAUCAAAGACAAAGGUUUCCAGAACAUUGUGGAUAUCGGAGAGAAAUGGGGAACCUGUGGUCCUCCAGAUGUUGCCGGACUUCAGCCACCAUCACCCCUGACCAUUAGCCAUGCUGGGAGUCUAACAUCUGGAAGACCACACCUCUAGUGUAUAUUCAGAAUCCACUUGUCCUUUGGUCCCAGUUCCCCAGCCCUGUGCAGGAAGGCAAAACUGUCUCCGUCUCCCUUUGGCCACAUGAUGAAGGUUAUAAAGUAAUGUUGCUUUGCAUCAGCUGAGAAGCUGCCCCUUAAUUAGAAAUCAGCAAUGCCUGGAAUACGUUAAGGGACUAGAUGACACAUAUGGUGUAUUUAUGUGAUAGUAUUGCAUACUGGGUACGAUUACAUUAAGGUCUUAGCAUGCCAGGCAGUUAAGGAGCUGGGUGAACGAAAGGCUACUUGCAAAGAUAGCUGAAUAUGAGGCAUAUGGGUUACAUCAUUUCUGAGCAUCUUUCCUCCUCCCCCCUGAAUGGGAGUGACAGUCCUACUCAAUCUACUUUUAGUGUUUUGCUUUUUAAAUACACACAUUUUUAUUUUAUUUAUUUGUUUAACAGAAUAUGUGUACCACUCAACAGCAAAUAAAGUGAUUCCCAAAUUUUUGCACCUGGACCACUUGAAAAUUGCUGAAGGUCUUGGUGGACAGGUGAAGGAUUUUUUUUGCCUGUUGCAGCAAAUUGUAAAGUGAUAUUCUAGGUGCUAUAUGAUUUUAAAUUGUAUUUUUUUAAACUUAUUUUAUUUCUUAGCUUUUGGAUUGUAUUCAACAAAUAUUUCUCAGAGUAGACCUAUUGAAGUUAAUGGCCAUCACUAACUUAGGGUCUUGUCAGCUUGCACAGAAUUCUGCCAGGCCUGCUGAGCUAUAGAAUAGCACUAUGAGAAAUGAGAGAGCAUGCUAGCACAAUCCUAAAUAUAUGGACCAAUAUAUGGACAUUCAAACUGUCUUUCAGAGAAACUUGCCUAUCAUUAUUGAUCUUCUCAUUUAGAAACCUCUGAGAAGCUUACAUGGAGCCUCAGGGUUCUUUGUAACAUAGUUUUAAAAUGCCACUAUAUGCCUUUGCUGUUAUUUUGGUAAGAUGAACCUAUUCUGGGCUGACCUGCAUGCUUGAUUGUUGCUUGUUGUUUGCACAGCAGCUUUAACAAAUCAAGCUAUGUUGCACAUGUGGCCUUUAAAGUUGCUACAUCUUCAGAGCAAUAGUGGACUUCUUUCUAAAAAUGUAAGCAUGGCAAGCAGGACAGUUCACAGAUUUUUAAAGAAUGUAAUCUCAACUUUUUGGACUUGAUUGGCUUUGUUCUGGUCAUUUCAGGAUUACCAGAUGCCUUUACACAGGUAUAUGUCAUGCUUAUAGAGUAUGGGCAGGGGAAAUAAUUGUCACCCCUUAAUGAUAGACUGCAAGGAUCUCUGGAAGAAUCUUGCUUAUGCUUAGUUCAGUGUUUCUCAAACCUUGAGUAUUCUCUCCUAAGGAGAGUCCAUUGUUAACACCCCCAAGGAGAGCCCAACAGUGUUGAGCCCAACACACAUAUAAGUGCACACAGACACACAUACAGCAGCAAUGCGUAGCAUAAAUACCUAAUUUAUUGGGAUGAGUUGACAGUCAUAGGAUAGGAAGCUGAAGAAGAGUGGUACAUUGGUUUCCUGUUGAACUUGGUCUGGUGAAGCCUGGGUUCACAUCCCUGAUCACUAUCUGACCCUAGCCUACCUCACAGGAUUGUCAUUAUUAGAAAAAGUGGAAUGCCCCACACCCAUUUAUGAGGGCACUAUUGCUUCAGCUCUGAGGAAAAACUCUGGUACUUCUCCUCUGCCUGCCCACUACACCAUUGAACUUAGGGAGGACCUAACACGACCCUGAGGCUAUGCGUUGCAGGGAAAGCUCAGCAGCACUGAGCAAGCUGUAUUUCAGGGACACUUUUCUACUACUAAUGACACUGAGCAAUAUCUGAUAAAGCUCCUUAGGGACCGGAAUGUAGCUUUUAACACCCACUGAGCUAACGGUUAAAGAAUAAGACAGGGCUGCAUCCACUAGCCUCUGUCUGCUAGCAAACAGGCUCUUACACUAGUGGAUGGGUGAGCUUUAAUGUUGCACAACAGAUAAAUCCAGUGCAACAGUUGCACUUGUGGAAACUUGUGCAUCAGGUUGCACUGUCUGUUGUGCAACAAAGUUCUCGGCAAUCUUCUUAUGCAUUCUCUUGUGUAGCAACAUUUUGCUGGUGCCAAACAUUUCACCAGCAGAGCAUGCGUAGUGCUAAGUGACUAAACAUGACACUGGAUACAACACAAAGUUUUGUUUUUUAAAUUCAUCACCAGUAAAAUAUCCUUGGUAAUGAAAAUAUAGUGUAAUAACUGGCUGCAUUGCUUAGCCUUCUUCAACAAAACACUCAAUGAAUCAUAGAAUUGUAGAGUUGAAAGGACCCACUGACAACAGCCACUGACAAACCCACCUCCCUGAGAUUAAGAGUGUGACUCUUAAUCUGUGCAGGAUAUUCUACUUGCAGUAGAAUGCAUGUAAGAAAGUUCAGAGCUUGCGAAAACAAUUAUGGAGGGUGCUGUAGAUGCUGCUAUAUAACCAAGAGCUCUGCAUGCUUCUGCCUUCUUGCUACAGCUGCAAAGAAACAACACUCUAGAAACUGCUGUUCCUCCUUUAUGCUUUGGGGAUAAAAAUACAUGCUAGAUUCUGCCAUCUCAAAUUACUGAUACUGUAUUCCUUUUCAUGCAUGUUUAUGCUUAAUUGUGGGGAUUGUUUUUGAGUGUUGCCCAUAGGAAAUUCCUUCGUGAGUUACAGAUAUUGGGGUGGGUGGGGAAGCCAUUAGUUGUUUGGGGGGGUGUUGUGUGCUUGAACAUAAAUGCAAUUCUGUAUAAUAACUAAAUAUGCCCUAGUCUGAACUCUUAAGCAGAAAUUAAAUGAUGGUCUUGAAGAUGACCUGGAAUAGAACUUUCUCACUAAAAGAGCUUUUAAUUUGGGACUCUUAUUUUAACUCUUUAUACUUCAAUUUGUGAAUCUUUAACUAUGCUGUACCUAUAGUACAGAACUGCAUUGUUGUGUUUAUGUCAAAAAUGAGGUUCUGCUAUUCUGUUCCGCUCCCCCCCCCCCCAUCCCCAGCGUGUUGCUUUAAAACAUCAAAAUGUAUUUUAAGCAAAACACCGCAGAGGAAUGAAUUGUGUAUUAAGGAAACAGUAUCCUUUCCCAUGCACACUGAGACCCAUUUUCCCCAUACACAAGUAACUGGCACCAUUUGCUUUCCAACAAAACUCGUAGCAAAAGGUAUAUAUGUGAAAUUUGGCUGUAUUGUUUUGUACUGUGCUACAUUUAGGAGGUCUUGGGACGCGGGUGGUGCUGUGGGUUAAACCACAGAGCCUAGGACUUGCCGAUCAGAAGGUCAGUGGUUCAAAUCCCCACGGGGUGAUCUCCCGUUGCUCAGUCCCUGCUCCUGCCAACCUAGCAGUUUGAAAGCACGUCAAAAUACAAGUAGAUAAAUAGGCGGGAAGGUAAACGGCGUUUCCGUGUGCUGCUCUGGUUCGCCAGAAGCGGCUUAGUCAUGCUGGCCACAUGACCCGGGAGCUGUACGCCGGCUCCCUCGGCCAAUAAAGCGAGAUGAGCGCCGCAACCCCAGAGUCGGCCACGACUGGACCUAAUGGUCAGGGGUUCAUUUACCUUUGAAGAGACUUACCUUUUCUUCUCAUAUCUAUCCAAUCCUGCUGCUUCAGCACCAACACAGAGAGACAUGUGCCCAGGAGCAAAAGUGGCCUUCAGUAGCAGAUAUUUUAGGGGGCAAAAAGCCAUGCAGGCGUGCGUCUUUUUAAACUUCCCCUCCAAACCACUUGCUGCUUUUUUGUUGGCAAACUGUUCCAUCAGUGUUGGACAGACGGUUGACACAAUAUGGUGUACAUAUAGGGGGUGCAUGCAGAGCAGGAUAAUCUCUGGUGGCCACACUCCUUGAAAAGGUAAAAGGGAGCAAUUGGGCCUGAGCUUCAUCAGGGUCUGGCUUUGAGUCAGAACUUCCACUUUAAAUCUGAAUUUAAACUCACACAAGUGAUACUGAAGUUGAACUCUUAGGCUCCAGAUGUGUUGCAAUCCCAUCUUGUUAAUGCAAUAAAACAAAAUCUGGACUUGAUAUUUUGCAUGUUUUUAAAUAAUCCAGUACUAUAAUCAGUUGUUGAGGCAUGGCAGAGUAUUUGAAGCCAAACAUAUUUCAUCUAAUUUCCAUUUGAUUCUACAGUACGGCGAUCUGCCUUUCACGUGAUCUGUCAUUAUGGAAGUCGAAAGGGUUUGUGGACCGAAAGCUUUAUUUAGGUUUAAUGAAAACCAAAAUGAAAAGACGGCUGGUUCCUUUAUUGGUCCCCAACUGUUAAAAAUCUACUCAAGUUGCAAGGGAUGUCAGUUUAACCAGAGUUAGCACCCUGAAGACAGUUAGGGGGAAAUCUGUUAUUAUAGUUGGAUAUGAAGGGAUACUGUCUCUUUAAAGGCAAAAAAAACCUCACAACCCAACACUGUUCUGUAAGAUGCUUUACAUUUGGACUGCGGAAUGGUGCAUACCUUUGCUGCUGGAAGUGGGGGGAAACACUGUCCUAUUCACUGUUUACUUGGAAUUCUUUGAUGGGUGAAAUAAGAAUAGCAUAACAUCAUUCCUUUUUGUAACUUUCAUAGAGAGUGCAUUGCAACAUCUGUUUGCAGACGUCUCAUAACAAGAUAGUGACAUAAGACAUUUCUAUUUUUAAACGUGUCCCAGUUUAUUUUUUUUAUUUCAGAAAAAAAGCUCUGAAUGUUGAAUGUGUGUAAGUCACCGGGAAUGUAGCAAGUUGAUAAAAUCCAAGCCAAGUCCAUCCUCCUUGCAGGGAAACACAAAAAGCUGGAAUUGCUUUUUAUGGACAUUUGUUUUGCAGCUUUCUACAUCUUAAGGCAGAGAAUAGCCAGGAUAAGGUGCCAGCCCAAAGGUUAGCUGAACAUAUUUCUCAAAAUAAUUUUGGCAAGAUGGUGUUUUGGAGGCAUGAUCUCUAAAGUCAUGCAUGGAGCGCAAGAAUGAUAUAACAACCCAACAGGAAAUAUGCAUGUAAUUACUUUGCUUAUUAUUUUAGGGGGAUAGCAGAACUUCAUGAAUGUAUUUAAUGACUAAUGUAGACAUAUAUAUAUAUAUAUAUAUGACUUGAUAUUUAAAUGAUUAGGCUUUAAGCUCCAAAUACUUUGUUUUAUCCCUUUAUGGAUGCUAUUAAUAUGUUUUGUAAUAUAUUUACAAUUUAUUAAAGAGGUCUAACCUCAUUGUGACUUGAAAUCGGUGUGAGUAGCACACACCCAUACACACUUACCUGGGAGUGAGACCCAUUAAGUAUAGCAAGACUUAUUUCUUCUGAGUAAAUAUGCCUAGAGCUGCUCUGCCCGAGUACUCAGGAGUAAGUCCCACUGGAUUCAAUUGGACUUUCUUCUGAAUAAGGUUUUUUUAGGAUUGCAGCCUAAAGCUAAAAUAUUAUGCAUACUUCUUGAAAGAAAGUUCAAUUUAAUUUAGCAGAGCUUCCCAGUAAACAAGCAGAGGAAGGGGCACGUGAUUGGCAUGGUAUACAUUUUAAAACAAUUGUUUGAUUCCUUCUACUUUUUCCGAAAACUGGGAACCCCAACUCCACUUGCCAUGUUGAGUUUUCAGACACACUCUGGUGAGCACACAUAUUUUAUCAACCAGCUCACAGAACCAGAGGCUGCCUUGCCUUCUGGUUUUCUGGUGUCUCUUUUGCCUAGUCAGCUAGGCUUAGGGAUGUGAUUGUGCUUUCUGAGCAAGGCUGACAAAUGUGAGAUUUCCUCACACCUGUCAGUUUUAAUGCAAGGCACAACAAGGGCUCCUGGACUGAUGCCAUUUGACCAAAUAUUGGCAGAGAAUGAGGAUCAAAUCUGCCCCAGAGCCUCCCAGCUCUUGUGAGGAAAAAAUGGUGAACUCAUCCAACAUGGUGGCUUAAUUUUUUGAAGCCAAUUUCAGCCUCUGUUGCAGCAUAAGAUUUGGGAAAUACUGCUUCAGACUUUGGUGUAUGAGUAAUUUGCACUGAACUUUCCUGGAGGUGUUCCAACAUUAUGUACCAUACAAAGGAAUGCUUGUCAUAUAUUAUCUUGAUGUGCAAUAUUGAUUUACUGCUACAUAAAAUGUAAGUAGCUUAGCUGGUUAGGUACCUGGGACUUGAUUUUUGUUUUUUGGUAAAGCAAAAAACAUACUUUUUGGUAAAGUAUGUGCAGUAUGAAAGCCAUUUUCAAAAACAGUAGCAGGAUGUUGUUUGCACUAGUUUUCUCAUACACAAGCCUAAUAAUAAUGCCAUAAUAUGGUGGGUGAUUGGAACUCCAAUACCUGUUUUAUUUAAGAUGGCCACAAGUUUAGUUCUCCAGUGCUUCUCCCCAUUGCAUAUGGAAGCAUUUGUCCAACAUUUGGCACUGUCAUUCCAAUAUGAGAGAGAGAGAGAAAGAUUAAAGGCCAGCUGCCCACAAUAAAGUGUUGGGAAAGCACAUUAAAAGGUUGUAAAUGUGCACAUCGAACCAUUACAAUGGCUUUAUAGUAAAAUACGUUUCAUGAAUGAAGCAUGUGUUUUAGAAACUUACAUAUUAUUUUUUAUUUGGAUUAAGAAAACUUAAAUUAAUGUACAACUAGGAUAGUUAUGUGUCCCUUAAUCAGAAAGGGCAGUUUAAUCAUUGCCUUAGGUUGCUUCCCCACCAAUCCUGUACUCUAGAAAUGUGAUAUUUUAUGCACUAACUUUUCAUAGAAAAUUCAGGAAAUGUCACUGCCAACCUAUUAAGUUCCAUGUUUUCAGUGUCAUCCAUACUAGAUACAUGGAGAUACUUUUGACAAGAAAAUGCAUUUGCAGUGCCUGUCUAGAGAAGCUUUUAAGGGCUACUCUUCAUUUAAUUGAAAGCUUCUUCCUUGCCUACAAAUUAUGAACCAACACUGGCUCAUGAGGCUAUGUAUGUAUGGUGAAAGAGGGACCCGACAUGUGUCCAGACACAACUGGUUAAGUUUUAAUAGCAGGAAAAGUUCAAGCAUGACAUUCCAAAGUAUGCAUAAAACAUACACAAUGCAUGCAUCUGUAGUAUAUAUUUUUAAAAUUCCUUUUAAUAAAUAACUAUCACCUUAUUAUGGUAUGAAUGUAUGGACUUAUGCUGUAACUCUAUACACACUUAGCCUGCAAGCCUAUACAUAUCUGAUAAUGAUAAUGAUAAUUUAUUAUCCAUACCCCACCCAUCUGGCUGCAUUGCCCCAGCCACAUCUGGGCAUAAAUCCCAAUGCACUCAAUGCAGCUUAGUUGUAGAUAUGCAUAGGCCUAUUAUUUUGCUAUAUCCUUUUUUACUGGUUCUUCAUAGUGUCAUUGGAAGUUGUAGUGGGCAUACAAUACAUUCCCUCAGCAACCCACAUGUUAUAUUUUGCAUUUUAAAUUAAAUUACUUAAAAGUGAGGCUAACCAUGUCCCCCCUUGUUUGUGUGUAUUUUAAUGGAAGCAUAUUGGGCGGCAGGGGAGAGUUGUAGCAGAAAAGUGGUGAGCAGGGAAGGAUUGAGCACUGCUUCUUCCCAUCACUUCUGUGCUCCAACUCUCUCCUUUACUCCUCACCGGCCCUAAACUAUGGUUUAGCAAGGGUGAGGAAAUCCAACUGCUUCCAUCAUCACCCUGUGCUGCUGCUCCCCAAGUACCUGGAGCUAUGCAUUAUGAACAUUAUGUGCAAACUUGGGCUCAUGGCACAUCCCCCAAACAAUCCACAACCUGUAGACAAAGGACAAACUUGUGGAUUGUUGGGAGUGACACAAACCACAAGCCCAGGUUCAAACAAUGCCUUAGCUCAGGGUAGCAUGGCAGCAACAGGCCCAGAGGAGGAGCAAAACCAGCCAUGAUAUUUGCUCAGUAAGUCUCACUAAACCAUGGUUUGGCGUAGCAUUUCAUGUGAAUAAGACCACUGCGUCAAAUGCAUUAUAAUCAAAUAAUGUUUGUGCACCUCAGUUCGACAAGAAGAGUGACAAGUCUGCUUACGUGUAUUCACAGCUGUAUGUCAGCCUGGAUGUAAACAUGGGGAAUGCGUUGGACCAAACAAGUGCAAGUGUCAUCCAGGAUACACUGGGAAAACAUGCAAUCAAGGUAAGAUUUAUGUUAUUUUAAGGAAUGUGGUGUUGCUUCAAGGUAUUGAAAAGAGCAAUUAAAACUUGAACUAAAUGUUCUGCAGCUAGUUCAAGUUUCAACUGCCCUUGGGUCAGCUGACAUACUGCUGAAUUUAGCAGGGUGAAAGCUGGUUCAUAUAUUUGCAGCCCUAUUGGUGAUGCCCAAGAAGAACUGGUGGAAAAAUAUCAAUGGCGGUCAUUUCCUGCCAUAUGCAGUUUAUGAACUGGAGUUUCUAGGUCUCCCUGCAUGAAAAUCACAGCACCAAUCACCUACUUGAAUUGAAUUAGAGCUUCCACCUUUCUCAAAGACACCCACUUGGGAGUUGCUAAUACUGCAUCCCAGCACAAUCCAUUUUAUGAAAGUAUUAAAAAAAGUGCUUUUGUUGUUAGAGGUACAAGAUUGGUUCCUUUCCAAGAUCAGCUGUAAGGCCUAAAACUUAAAAUGCUGGUUUUGAUUUAGGUAACAAGGACCUUGCUUUUAUGAAAGCAAGUCCCCAUGCUAAUUUAAAGUAUAAUAAUAAUAAUAAUAAUAAUAAUAAUAAUUCCAGUUUCACUUUGUAAUAGCAAACUACCCACAAUGACCCCAUCAUAUUAUAAUGAAAAAGAACAGUGUUGUUUAAAAUGGCCAUUAUUGUCAACAUAUUACACUAUUUUUAUUCACUUCUCCCCAAAGUAUUAUUUUAUAUAGUGCUGAGCACUGCCAGGUACUUAAGGAAGUCACAGCCACUCUCUCCAGCUAGCCUUGAUAAAGCUUUCCUAAGCUCAUUACAGAAAAGCAAACGAGUGUUUUAGAAAACCUGACAAUUUGAGUAAGGUGGUGCUGUACAGAACUGUGUUCCCUGAGAGUUACUAAUCCUCUGAUGGCAUAAUGAUUUCUAAACGCUUUUUAAAACUCAUUUGUUUGGAUAUAUUAAUCCUUCCUUGACGGAUUCAUGGGGAAUCUAAGCCCACCCUCCCUGUGACCUCAUUUCCUCUGCUUCCUUCUUUUUCUCCAUCUUACAGGCACUUUGCCAUAUAUAUUGUUUUACUUUGGGGAGAAAUGUUAUGUAUUGCUUUUAUUCUAGAACUUCAGCUCUCAGAAGUGCCCGCCACAAAGAUACUGUAGGUCCGCAGCAAUUUAAAAUAUCAAAAACUGAGGAGCUGUUGUGAAAUGAGCUCAACAGAGAGAAGAAAGCUCAUGCUGAUUUUAGAUUAUACACAGCAUCCUGUUGACAAAUCUGCUACUUAAUCAUAGGACUCCAAUUCAUUUCAAUGAGGAGCUUUCCUGUGAGAUUUUAGAAUCAGCUGAUGUAUGGGGUGAAUAGAAUAGAAUAGAAUAGAAUCAGCUGAUAUAUGGGGUGAGGACUGUGCUUGUACUGAUACUAUCUGCAUUUGUUAAAAACCUGCAUGUUGAACACAAAGACACAUUUACCUCUAUGCCCAGUGGCUUUGAUAUGCUCUUCCUCUCAUUGAUUUCAACAGGAAUCAAUUAGAGCUUUGCAAUAGGGCCCAACACCCUACCUGACCAGAUUAAGCUGUUCACUCCUCUAGCCCUGGCUGCAAAGAGUUGCCUAUAUUUUAAACAAACUGUACUUAUGAGGCAGAUCUGCAGAUCACACGUCAAGCGGCCGGAUGGGUGUAAUUAUUGUUGCUUUCUUUGGCAUCCACUGCCUGGCUCUAUUAUAGGUCAAUGUCAUUUUGUAAUAUGAAUGGCCUUUCCUGAAUGGGAAAUGUCUCCCUAAAUUAUUAUCGCACCAUCAUCAAAUAAAAGUUCUCCUGCUGGAAAUGAGAUCAGAUGGAGUUGUCCAGCUCCAACCGGAUGGUGUUGUCUGUGGCAAUUUAUUUUCACUGCAUUUAUGAUUGUCAUAAUCCCAAAAGGCUACAAUUCCUGUGCAUUCCCUUUAUAACAGAGUUCUAUAAAUGUGCAAGUGUUUGUGUGUUAAACACAUUUAAGGGUCUUCUCAUUAACAAGUGGAAGACAAUUCCUUUUCGUAAGGCAGGACAUUUAACAUUUAUUUCCAUUUCUUGCACACUAAACACAGAACUUUGAAAUGAAAUAAUGAUGUUUAUGUGAUCAAAUGCUUGCAUUAAUUAAUUAAUUGAUUGCAUACAUGACUUCCAAAUUCUUCUCCUUUCCCCAACUUAGCUGAGCUGAAGACAUUAAAAUUUCCCACUUCUGGCAGCUGAUGCUGUGAGCAACUGGGUUGUGAUUCUGUGGUGGAUCUGUAAAGUCCUAAGGGUAGAGGGUGUGCAUUAGAACUGCUGCCUUAGGCUAUAAUCCUAUACACCUUUACCUGAAGUGAGGCCAUAUGCAUAGAUGUUCUCAGAGGAUUGUACAGUAAAUUGAGUGAGUAGAAAACAGAAAAUCUACCAUGUACUUUUUCAGUGACUUUCACAUUUGUUUUUGCCAUAACACAUUUGCAUGGUAGCCAUGUAUCCUACUUUGCAGAUGACAGCCCUCUAUUUGACUGGCCCAUGUCUGGCUUAAAGAUGGUCAGAAGAAGGGAGAGUGGGGGCCUUGAAGUUGCCCACCAGCCAUUCACACCUGGAGAAUAGACUAAGCAGGCACACAGGUUACCUGGUAACAGACUUUCCCACUACGAGACGUAUUGGAUUUCUACUUGAUUUAUAGUAAUACUGUGGGAGAUAGCUCAGUUGGAUAGAGCAUGGUGCUGAUAAUGCCAAGGUUGCAGGUUCAAUCCCCACAUGGGACAGCUGCAUAUUUCUGCAUUGUGGGGGGUUGAGACUAGAUGAUCCUUCCAACUUUACCGUUCUAUUGCAUUCUAUUUAUAGUGUCAUUCCUUUUUUAUGGUGGUGAUGAUGACGCAUUUCCUCUUUUUAUGACAUAUAAGUGGUCACUUACAUUUCAUUUGAAAUAAUAAUCUGAAAUAGUCACAGUUCAAAGAAUCAGCAGGACCUCGACAAAUCUUACAGUAGAACUAGGAGGCAAACCUGUGGAUCCAUUUGUGUGCUGGCUAAGAUAACAGACAUGCGGAGUUUACUGGCCUGUGGUCACUAAUUCUUCCCUGAAACAGCUUUCCCAGAGGGCUCUGCUUUUGGAAUUGACAUAGGGGAAAUGAUUUUAAACUGUUGGGGGUGGGAUAGAAUACUAGGUGGACAGAAUCUGUAUGCAAAGAAAGGGUAAAAUAGCCAUGAAUAUCUGCUGAUUCUCCCCAGAAAGUAAGCACUUCCACCUCUGGAUUAGGAGGGAAGCAUAAGUUACAUGCAAAAGACUUUUCAUGUGCAAUCUGUAGUUCGCUUGGUGUUCAGUGUGAAGGUCUAUAACGGGAUACGCCUAAAAUUCUCCUGAUCCAGAGCUCCAUGCCUGCACAUACAGGUAUUUGAUGGUAUUUGCCAUGUUGUUUUACUGGGUCUCGGUCUUUUGACUUCUGCUAUGCCUUCUCCUCAACAUGUGAAGCUGACCACCCAUAUGCCACCUCACAUGACUGGCCCAGUGAACCACAUUUUUUCAGCCCUCCAGAUCAUCAUGCAACACAUUUCCCGUGGAGGGGUGAGGACAAUCCUUUACUUCAGGUGGUGCGUUCCUUCCACCUGCACGGCUUUAAACCCCCACCAUGAAACCUCUUGCAAGUGUGCUGAAAGGACAAUGAACUUAUUCUGGCUGCCAUGUGAAAGCCCAGCCUGCAAUAUAAUUGGCAUGCAAAGCGACUUUGCUUUGACACUUCCUUGAGGCUGCAAUUCUCUCUCCUGGAAAGGCUUGACCUUAGACAAUUCUCUUCAUUUGCUCUCAUAGUUCCUUUCCUACUCAGAUCUUUUACGACACAUGCUGCUUUUUCUAAGCUCUUUUUCAGACCAAGAAAACAGUCUGUUGCCAUAGUUGUUAUUUACAUUUAUUCAUCACUUUUCACAAAGCAACUUACAAAUCCAUAAAAUACCAAAGCACUAAAAACAAAAUACAAGAAAACCCAAAUCCUGCAUUGGUUAAGGAAACAGUCUGAUUGAAAUAGGCCGAAGAAUUUUAUUUCAUAAUCUUUAAUAUUGGGGUAGUUCUGACACAGAUAUUAAUGUCUGGGUUAGCAUGUUUAAUACAUGUAAAACAUAACAUGUACUGUGGGAAUGGCAGUGACACAUGACCAAUACAGGCAGUCUUGCAACUUACAGCAUUACAUGCCAUCCUGACAUAGGCAUUAAUAUCUGAGGAAGAGUGGCCAUAGCUCAGUGGCAGAGCACAUGUUCUGCAUGCAGAAUGACCAUGUUCAGUUACUGAAUCUCCAGUUAGGAGCAUAAGUAGACAUUAAGAAGCUGCCAUAUCUGAAGUCAAAUCAUUGAUCCAUCUCACUAUUGCCUACGCUGACUGGGAAUGGCUCCUGAUGGUUUCAAACAGGAGUAUCUCUGUUUGAGGUCUCUUCCUGAGCCACUCCCAGGCAGAGAAGACAGCACUGGGAUGGAUGGUUAAAUAACUUGACUUGGUAUUAGAACAACAGUCAAGAAGGCAUUUUCUGUACACGCUGUAGAGGGAAGCAAGGAGCAGAUGGAGCUCAUCAACCUGGGAAGAUAGCCCUUCUAGGAGAAGGAAAAUUCUGAUCCUAAAUCUCCACUGCCUUGUGGGAUAUCUUCAGGAGAAGAACAGGGAAAGGAGUAAACUCUGCACAAAUCCGGAUUGGAGUCCCCAAGACGGAUGGCAUCUUGUACGCCUCCUUCUGGCAACUCCUGAAGCCAAGCUGGUGCCAAACGUAUUGCUUUGCUUUCCUUUUGGACCGAAUCAGAGAGGCCGAGGUGGGGUGGGGCUUGUUGCCUGGGCAGCCGAGGACCUCUAAACACAUUGCCCAGGCUUGCGCCCCCAGGGACGUCACUUCAGUACUGCAAAAACAGUGGUUUGACUUCACCCCCAGAGGCCCACUCCACUGUCCUUCGAGACAGCGCCAGCAACAACCAAUUCUUAAAAGUUGCAUCAAGCCACACAGAUCCUUGCUCCCGAUUGUUUGUGAUGCUCGCUGGCACAGUACAGUUUGAAGCUGACGAUCAAAAUCUGAACGCUCUUGAGCAGUGCUGUGUUUUUGCUAGGGAUCCUUGGUGGUGGUUGGAAAAGGAGGGCUGCUGGGUGCAGGUGCUUUUGUUGUUGGGAAAAUUGUGCUCACACUUCAGUCCAGGAUCACCUGUUGCUGACAAAUUGUGACCAUUGCCCUCCCCCCUGCAAUUCACACUAUAGCAUCUCCUCCUCUGUGGGGAAAGUCUUCUCAGUAGUGUCAAAGCCAUUCGCUGGAUGGUACUUGAGAUGUGACACAAGGUGUGACAUGAAUCUCUCCCUAUGCUUUUUUUAAACAGCCCCAGGCUGUGUCCUCCAUACACUUGUCACUUCCAUAUACUAGGAAUCUGCAGAGUUAAUUGUGUGAAAAGAGGACACUGCUAGUUUUUUGGGGUGGGCCUUGGGCAAGAAGCUUCCUUUAGGGGACUCACCUCUCUGAUGGGGCUCUCCUCCUCCUCAUUGUCAUUGCUGCCAAUUUGUCUUCUUCCCCAGGGUCCAUCCAACCUUUGCAUCACCCUUGUCAUUGCUUCCAUGCUUAGAGACAGCAGGUGAACAGGUAGACACAGCAAAGAAAAAGAGCGGCAGGAUUUGGCACCUCCAGGGCUUAGAGAUGGGCACCCAGCAGGUUGUGGUUCUUUGUAGGUAUCCGUUGAUGCCAGCCCCUGAUGCUGACCCCAGAUGUAUGUCUGAAAGCAGCUUCAGACCAAUAGUGAAAUGUAGGGAUGCAAUUAUAUCCUCAAGAGCAAAUAAUAUUUCAUUAUUACAUACAGCACACCACAUUAUUGUAGGUGGAGUCUUGCUUAUCUCUUUGUAGCUCUCAUGCAAAUAUAGCAGCGCACAAGCAGUUGUCUUUCUGGAGUAAUUCAUGUGUUCACAUUAACUGUCUUUCUUCUUGCAAUGUGAUGUUCAAGCUUAGCAGCCUGCGCUUAUAUCUGAGACUGCUUUUCCAAAGUGCUGCAGCAUCCAACCUGCUCCAAAAGCUUUUCAGUAUGCAGCUUUGAUGGUGACACUAUUCUUGCAUUGUUGUUGUUGUUGGUUCCCUACCCCACCCCAUGAGUGUGAAUAGCAUCAUUGUCAUAUUGUUUAACUUGGAAUAAUGAAGGGAAAUCUCAGUGAGGAGUAUAAGUGGGUUCAUUAAAAAAAACCUCUUAACCCCCAUUAGAAAUUUUGCGAAGCGCAAAGAAGCAAGGAGGAUUGCGAUAGAUGUUGUGAAAAGAUUCUGCAAAGUCUUUGAAACUUUUCAUCUUAGAAGAUUCAGACUGCAGGGUUAUACUUCUUCCCCUCUUUUGUCCAGAGAGAAAUUGUGCUAAGUGAAAUGUUUGGAGAGCCUGUGAAAUAAAAAAUAGACAAAAGAUAAAGUUUCCUGACCUUUUCAGCAAAUGCAGCAUGUGCGUGCCAAUUUAUUAAGAGUCUUGCAUUUCUCUGACUCCAAGCUAAAUGUGAAUGUUAGCCUGAACCUGCUCAGUGAUAAACAGUCCUCCCCUAAACAUCACAAUAUAAAACCAUAUGUAAAAUGAGUUGUGAAGUGUAGUGGCUAAGAGAAUGAGUUGUUUAAAAACCCAGGAAAUUCCUGGCUAAACACUAUUCUCCUCCAUGAAAAUGGAUGGCCUUUUCUCUCUUUGCUUUCUCUCUUUCUUUUAGCCUCGUACACACACACCCUGUUUGGCAUUUAGGGAUAAUCAUAGUGAUCUAAUUUACAGGGAUGUUGAAAGGAUUAUUUGUUGACCUAGACAAAGCUAAUAUGUAUAUAUUUCUCCAAUGCAACAUUUGUGAAAUGAUUUCACACACCAAGGAACCAGCAGACAACAUGGCGCCCUAUAGAUGUGCUUGGACUUCCAUCAGUUCCAGCCAACAUGACCAGUGGUCAAGGCUGAUGAAAGUUGAGAGUAUCACAGGGCACAAGUCCCUCUUUAAAGUGUCUAGUUCCCUGAUUCAGUCAUGAUAUAUUAUCCUUCCAGGAGCAUGGUUGGAGAAAAUAGUGGUUGCUCUCACUGCCCCACUGAUGGAAACCAUUCCCCUCUCGAGAAAGGUAGCUGUGCCAUGGUUGAAGAAGUGGAGAAUAUCUUUUAAAACAGGGAAGGGAAACCUGAUGUUUUUGGACUCCAUCUCCCAUCAGGCUGAGCCAGUAUGGCCUCUGGUUAGAGUCUAUGGUAGCUGAGGUCCAUCAACAUUUGUGGCCACCCCAUGCAACUACGCUAAGGUAGUUCCAGGUGAUGUAUUUUUCAGAUGUCCAUUGCAUUGAUUCAGCAUAACUGAUACUCACAAGGCACAUGGAAACAGUGGCAUUUCCUAGCUAGUUCAAAUGGAAGAGAAAACCACUGAGAGAAAUAUUACAGAGCAAAACCUGCUACACAGAAAUAUUGAACGUGCUUCUGAAAUGGUAAGAAAUGUGCGAAAAGAACAACAAACUAGCCACAACAACCGUAAAAAGGGUUUUGAUGACUUUUCUUUCACUUGCCUGUGUACUAUGUGUUCUAAACAAGGCAGAGGGAAAGCUGUUACAAAUAUAACUUGAAAGUGUAAACCAUUUCCCAGAAGAAGCUAAGGCUGCGGAAGGGAAGGAAUCACACAAUGUUUGUUUAGAUUUAAUGGAAUUAUAAUGGAGACCCUUAAUUAAGCCCCUUGUAUUGCUUUUGGCCGGUGAAUGGAACACCAGGGGUGGGAAAACAAAUGUGACCUUAUGCAUCUUCCUAAAGUUUCUAGAAUGUUUUGCAAGAAGUGAAUCUCAAAACAUUAAACAAAACUCUAGCACUAUACUAGAUGCUCGCACUGUCUUGCUGAUGAAGCGAUUGAGUAAAGCCAGCAAAAAUAUUUUGUGCAUAUAAUUAAAAUUCAGCAACUUAUAGAAGCUUACUGGAACAAAGUAUGAAUACACUUCCCAGCAGAAACACUUAAAGUAUGUGCACAUUAUUCUUAGACUAUGCCACUAAUAGCUAGCCAAUAUCAUUACACUUGAGUACCAAAAUAUAUUAUGCCAGAUGGUGUCAGAUUCAAAGCUCAGUAGAAUGAUCCAAACAAUACAACAGGUGGACUGGGAUUUUGUUUUACUAAGCCACUGCAUUAUUUGGGAGAGAAAAAGAUAUGAACCUACUCUAUCUGCUGGGUUUAGUUUAUGUUCUUCACUUAAUAUCUGCCUUCUAACCUAUAGAGUUUAGCUGAACUUGAUUUUAAAGGAAAUGGAGCAAUUGAGUGCCUAUCUAUAGCCAAAUCUAUCCUAGGACUGAUAGAAUGUCAGUCCUAAAAAUAUUCUGGCAAAAAUUAUGUUGCCCCUCUCCCUUCAGUCUGUUGGAGUGGGGUGGUGGAAGAGGGAGGUAAAAAAGAUGGAAGGUGUGGCAGAAAAGGAGAGAAAGAAAAGAGAUAGUAGCUAGAGAGAGAGAGGGAGAGAAGGAAGGAAGGAAGGGGAUGGCAGAAAAGAAGAGCAAAUGGCAGAAAGAGAAAAGGGAUGACUCCACACACUUUUGAUUCUGGCCCCAUCGCAUGCUGACUUUGAUUCACUGGCAGGUAGCCCCUGACAGAUUAGCCCUGUAGCCCUUGACAGACAAAAGGUUGCCUGUCCCUGUUCUGAGGGAUGCUGAAUCAUACACUCCAUACUUACAACUCCUCCUCUCCCCAGCCAGCCAGCUUUAAUAAUGAUUAUGAUUUACACCAGACCUUAGGAAUCGUUUAUACUGAUGCAGGUUAAGUCUGGUGCCAACAAAAGCCUUGACUACAGCUACAUAGGCAGGGAUAAUUGAUGUGGGAUGGAAGUGGAGAGUGUGCAAUGCCUCUAUUGUUAUGGGAUUAGAAGUACUGCAAACAGACUGUCCUUCUGACUAUAUGUAGGUAUGGGAAUAUAUUGCAAGAGGCAUUUUAGGAUCAAGGCUGGUCUGGUUUUGAGAACCUUAUCACUACCAUCUUCUGCAAUUCUAAAGAUGCCAAUAUGCAAUGCCUGCUCUGUUUUUGAUUCCUCCCCUCUGUGCCCUUUUUAGAUCUCAAUGAGUGUGGUCUGAAACCAAGACCAUGCAAACACCGGUGCAUGAAUACCUAUGGCAGCUACAAGUGUUAUUGUCUGAAUGGAUACAUGCUUAUGCCAGAUGGAUCAUGUUCUAGUAAGUCAAGACCCUUCUGUUUAGGGGUUUUUUUUUAACUGAUUAAAGAAAACGUUGCUGUGAGUAAAGGAUGAACGGUCUGCUAAACUGGAAAAGCAAACAAAAAUGGAAUAAUUCAUCCCAUUAUUUUUAUUAUUGCAAGAUAUAUGGGAUGGACAGAGCAGUUUCUUUGCAGCCCAUGUUCAUCGAUAAAUCUGUUCUGUCCUGUUUCAGAAAAUAAUCACAUGAAAAAUAUAAAUUAGUGUUUGAGUGUGUAUAUGUGUAUGUGUGUGUGUGUAAAAAUAUGGGGUUGUAUCCAAUGUCAGUCAUAAGCAGAGUAGACCAACAGUAAUUAAAUGACAUACCUAACUUAGGUCCUUAAUUUCAACGACCCUACUCACAGUAGAACUUAGUUAUAUACAGCCCUUGUACUUUGUCAUGAACUGUAUGUAACUAAGUUCUAUUGUACUUCGUCAAUACAUGCAUUUCAAAAUAUAUUUUAUCUUAAAAUCUACAUUCUUGAUGAAUUUUGGUUUGGGUUUUUUGAGCCAAGAACUGAAAGGCAAUAUUUGGAGUAGUAGAAGGACAAUUACUGUAGCUUCCAAUUUACACAUUUGUCUGGGUGGUGUGGAUCAUGUCAGUUAAUUUUGGAGUACGCAGAAAUUGAAUUUCUUCGAAAUAUACAAGCACAGCCUCUCUUUUGCUCACAAUCAGCUCAUUUGGGAAUGUUGUUCUUAGCAAGAGCUGCAACAUACCUGGCUGCGUGUUACUGUACAAUGUAAACGCAACUCACUAAAACUGUCAAGCACCUGCUGGUUUCUGUGUUUGGAAACCGUAGUACAAAACUCCCCAGUGGCCAGGUUCUUCCUUUCUCUUACAAAAGCGAAUAUUUUGAAUACUUCACCACACCAAGAAUGGGAGAGGGAAUGACGGAACCUUCCCUACAGCCAAGAGAUUAGAUUUUAGAAGGAGGGUUUCAGAUAAAAGCAUACCAGUUUCUCCUAAGAAUGGAAAUUGCUUUUCAUUAGUGAGUUCACUGAAAGAUCCAUUCUGCAAAAACCCAGCGGCCAACCUCUUGAGUAAUUUCAAGGUACAGAAAGUCACAGGGUGGUUACAGAUAUAGCCAUUCUGUCACAUGUUUUUCCCAUAUCAGUACCUGGGACUGUUUGACAGAAGAAUACGGACAAUUAAAAUCACCACAGGAUAGGGUGGUCAUUUGAAUAAUGGACUCCCUCUAUACUGGAGCUUUGCUGUACAACAGCCUUCUCCAACUGGGUACCCUGCAGUUGUUUUAGACUACAACUCCCAUCAGUGCCUUCUAGCUUGGCCAGAAGUCAAGAAUGAUGGCAGUCUUAGUCCAGCAACACCUGGAGGUUUACCAGAUUGAGGAUGGUUCCUGCACUAAGUAGGUAAGAUCAAACAAAACAUGUUUUGUUCUCCAAGAAGCCCUGUCUAUCUAACUCCAUAUUGUCUACACUGACUGGCAGAAGCUCUCCAGGGUUCCAGGCAGGCAAUCUCUCACCUUCUUACCUGGAGAUGCCAGGGAUUAAACCUGGGACCUUCUGCAAGCCAGACACAUGCUCUGCCACUGAGCUAUGCCUCCCUUCCCCAAUCUCACAAAGCCUCUGAAAUGUUGUUGUUGAUAACAGAUAAUUUCAUUUGUAUGAUGUUCCCACAGACGCUCUCUCAUGUUCAAUGGCAAACUGUCAGUACGGCUGUGAUGUCGUGAAAGGGGAGGUGCGGUGCCGUUGUCCUUCCCCAGGCUUGCAACUAGCUCCUGAUGGUAGAACUUGUGUAGGUAAGUCAAAAGUUGUAAGCGUGUUAUUUCUCCCUUUCAUGCACACUGGGAAAUUCUGGUCAGCAGUGGUUGUUGUUGGCCAUUGACACGGGUGGGUGGGAGGCAAGACACCUAGCUUUACAUGGAGCUACAUCAGAUGGUUGUUUGGCUGAAAUACACACACACACACACACACACACACACACGGUUGACCACACUGCUUUAUGGUUGACCAUCACCAGGAGCGAUGCCUUGAUGCCUUCCACAUGCGCUACAUCAGGAAGAUUUGGGGGAUACCAUAGCAGGACAGAGCCUCAAACAAAAAUGUGCUCUCCCAAGCUCACAUUCCCAGCAUCUUCACACUCCUGUCUCAGCGACAUCUACACUGGCUUGGUCAUGUCCACAGAACAGAAGCUGGCAGGAUCCCCAAGGACGUGCUCCAUGUGGAGCUGGCUUCAGGCACCAGGUCCCUUGGCAGACCAACUCUGCAUUACAAAGAUGUCCGCAAAUGUGACAGGAUAGCUGACAACGCAUGGGGGAAUCCCUUGCAGAUGACCACAGUGCCUGGAGACAAUCAGUCAGGUCAUGUAUCCACAGCAGUGACCAGAGGAGAAAUGAUCACUAGGAGGAGUGCAGAGGGGAAAAAAUGUCAUGGUACAUGCCGUCAUCUGCCCCAGCUGCAACAAAACAUGUCUCUCCUGUAUUUGUCUCUACAGCCACAGCAGGCACUGUAACUCUCCAAUGGUUUGACUUCACCCCUGAAGAUGAACUCUUUCAUUAUCUCCUGAGACAGAUGGAUGCCAGCAGCAAAACACAUAGACACCCUAAUAGCACAUGCUUAAAACUGCCCAUUUUUACCUGAGACAGACUAUAUAUUUUGUUGCCUAUCCUUUCUGGUUGUGUACGUGAAAGUAACUUGCACUGUGAUCAAGAAAGCUUACUGCUAAGUGCAGCCUUCACCAACUUAUUUUUUCCUGAUAGACUAACAAGAGCAGAACUAAUUAAAAAGUUGGCAAUCCUGCUGCCACUUUGUCAUCUACAAAGACGACUUAGGUUAUAUGUUGCAGGGGAGAAGCACGUGAGCUGACACUUUGAUCAGGCUGGAUACAGCUAAACUAGGUACCAUGCGUCUAGAUGUUGCUGGAUUACAGAUCCUAUAAGCCCUCAAUCUUGGCCAUGCUGGCUCUGGGGCUGAUGGAAGUUGGAGUCCAGCAACAUCUGGAGGGCACAAAACUAUACAUGGGUGUUUUGUGUGAGUUCACCCAGUGACUUUUAAUUAAAAUUAAAGGCAAUAUCUAAUAGUGAAUGAAUUGAUGCACAUCAGCACUGGGGGGAAAGGGAAAGGUCAAAGUCUCAGAGUGGAGUUUUGAAAAUACUGCCUGACACAUUUUGAGAAUGAUCUUCUCAGGAGCAAAGGGUCACUGUAUUUCUUACCCUGGUACCUCGGCAGAAACAAUUCACUCAGGAAAUAUUUUUGUGAAAGAACAUUUUCAUGACUGAAGGAAUGUUCCCUGAGUGAGUUUAUUCAACUGGUUCAACAGAGUAAUAUAUAUGAAGACCUUUUGCCCCAGGAUUGAUCGUUCUUGAAAUGUGUCGGACAACUUUCAGACUAUAACAAACCGCCUAUUUUAAGCAUGAGUCUGAGGCUUUGCAUCUUUCCCUUACUGCCCCCCAACAAAAACUGUUGCUAAUGCCCCUCAAGUUUCUCCUACAAUCAGUACUUCACCAAAAAUCACAUGGGUAACUGUAUACUAUACUAAAAUCUAUUCAGGUUUGGGAAACAAAACUGAACUGUGUUACUCCUAUAUCCAGUUUUACAGACGCUUUAACGCUCUGUGUCUAAGCUUGGGGGGGGGUGGGUUCUGGCAUUUUCCUGGGCAGACCUGCGUCUUACUGCUGAAUUGGAGCAAACAACAAUCUGCAAAAAAAUCUGGUUUUAACGCAGUAUAACGUGGAUUUCCCCAGGGAAAGCUCUGGGACAAUAAAACUCCAGCACUCAUACAUGGAACUUUAAAGUCCAGUCCUGUACCUAGAACUGUGGCACAAAAGGAAGUCUUGUGUGUGACCUGAGUUUGGGAGGGGAGAGACAGAAAAGUUGAGCAUGGAUAUGCCUUAAAAACAAAAUUGUAUUUUCUGUGAGGCAGUUUAAAACACAAAGCUAGAGCCAAAGGUAAUUUCCAAAAAGUAUUUUUGACCUUCGGGUUUUGUCGCAUGAACAUACUUUUGAAUGUACUAUGAUUAAACCUUUUGGUGAAAUUAAUGGAUUUCUACUUGUAGAUGUGGAUGAAUGUGCCACUGGCAGAGUUACCUGUCCUCGGUUCAGGAAGUGCGUCAAUACCUUCGGAAGCUAUAUUUGCAAGUGCCAUAAAGGAUUUGAUUUGAUGUACAUUGGAGGCAAAUACCAGUGCUACGGUAAUGAAAUGAGCUGAUCACAAAAGCAUUCCUAGAAGAAAACUGUGUGCAAAAUAUAAUGUUACUCCAAAUCUACCUACUUAUUACAGGAGGCAUAGGCAGUCUUCCCUUCUGUGAUGUGCAUAACAGCCCAUCAUGAGACCCACCCCCCCAAAACACAGUAGUCCUGCAUCUUCAGCACAACUCCACCACUACUGAGCCUCUGGGCUUGUCGAUCACAAGGUUGGCGGUUCGAAUCCCCGCAACGGGAUGAGCUCCCGUUGCUCAGUCCCAGCUCCUGCCAACCUAGCAGUUUGAAAGCAUGUCAAAAGUACAAGUGGAUAAAUAGGUACCGCUCUGGUGGGAAGGUAAACGUGUUUCCGUGCACUGCUCUGGUUUCGCCAGAAGCAGCUUAGUCAUGCUGGACACAUGACCUGGAAAAACUGUCUGUGGACAAAAGCCAGCUCCCUCGGCCAGUAAAGCGAGAUGAGCGCCGCAACCCCAGAGUCAUUCGCGACUGGACUUAACUGUCAGGGGUCCUUUAUCUUUACCUUUAUUGAGAUAUGCAGGUCUAUAUCUCCCAUAAUGUGUAGUUCCAUCCUUAGAAUACAGAAACUUUCCCUCACAUUGGGCUAGAAUUGUUGCCUCCACUACUUGUCCCAUUUUUGCGGUUGGGGAUAAUACUGCAAAGUCCACAAACUCCUCUCUGGUGGAUAAAGCAGUUCAGACAGCACAUCGACAAAUGACAAAUCUGCAUAGUCCCCAUUUUUCUGUAAUUGCACAGAAGUUGUCUUCAAUUCCUUAAGAGUUAGUUCAGUGCUAAAUUUUUUAAAAGUAUUGCAUUCACACUGUAACUGGCAUUACAGCCGAUACCUCAUCUUGAUGGUCAUGAGUUUUCUCGUUCCCAAUCAGCCUGCUUAAAACGGAGACAGAUUCCAACGUGAUUUGCGUGUGGUAGAAUACUAAUUUAAGAUUUACUGAGAUUUAGGGGAUAAGAGGCUGUGGAAGGGAAAGAUUUUUUAUAGCUGCUGCACAAGCUCUUCACAAUGAACUAAUUUGCAAAGUCCUGAAAUAGCUAACGUAGGCCUUAUCCAUUAAAAUAAUCUAUGACCUGUCAGCAGGAUUUCGUUCUUGCGAAGGCCCGUGCAUAUAACAAACUUAUUGGUAACACAGUGACCUCUCCAACAAUUCCUGUGCAAAUAAAGGUCCACAUUCGGAUUUAUUGCAGGCUCAGGUGCAGAGAACUCUUUGCCGCAGAAAUCCCAAACGUUGCUAUUGCUGAUCACCACUGAGCAAUCCGUUACUGAGGUUUUUCGAAAAGAUUUUUGACAAACUGGAAGCUAACACAUGCAUUAGGCUCCACUCCCACCUGAGGAGAGAAGACGAUAUGUGCCAUUGAGCAAACAUCGGCCCUAUGGUAGCAGUUGUUAGUCAUCUAGCUGGCAUCACUGCUUCUGCUGUUGAAACUGAUGAUAUCAUAUACUCCUCCAUGCUUCAGCACCCAAAAAGGGGCCCAGUGCCUCAUAAUUUGGACUAGACCAGGGGUCAGCAAACUUUUUCAACAGGGGGCUGGUCCACUGUCCCUCAGACGUUGUGGGGGGGCCGGACUAUAUUUUGAAUAAAUAAAUAAAUAUGAACGAAUUCCUAUGCCCCACAAAUAACCCAGAGAUGCAUUUUAAAUAAAAGGACACAUUCUACUCAUGUAAAAACACGUUGAUUCCUGAACCGUCUGCGGGUUGGAUUGAGGAAGCGAUUGGGCCGCAUCCGGCCCCCGGGCCUUAGGUUGCCUACCCAUAGGCUAGACAACAAACAGGAGUGUUGCACAGCUGCUUCAGCUACCCCACACCACAGUUCCUCAGGGGAACUGUGAGAACGUGCAAGCAGUAAAGCAAAAGUGCAGUAUCUCAGGGUUCGAGCAUCUGCUUUGCAUGUGAAAAGUCCCAGAUUCAAUUCCUAGCAUCUCUAGGUGAGGCUGGGAGAUGCCCUUUCCUGAAAUCCCUCAGAGCUGCUGCCAGUUAAUGUGGCUGCCCUGAGAACUUCGGAUGAAGGGUGGUAGAUAAAUUAAAUAUAAUGGUGAUGAUAGUACUGAGCUAGAUGGAUCAAUGCACUGACUCAGUAGAAGACAUAAAACUUUCCUAAAACUUUCACCCAAAAGAUUGGAAUCCUCAAAACAAUGGCCAAACUCCUGUAAAUAACCAAUAUUUUUUCCAACUGUUUAUGGAGGAACCACGUAGUCAGCCAAAUAUAAUUUGAAUGGAGUGGACUUUGCACAUCCUAAUAUGCAUUUGGAAGUGUGUUGAAUGUUUUCAUGAAGCGAAUUACUAGACGUGUAAGUUUUUUGUUUUUUAAUAUAUAUAUAUAUAUAUUUAUUUUUCUUUCCCACUUGUAAGUUAUAAUUAGAAUGUCCUAAAAUGUCUCAGCCAUUCCUUCUCGCUUGCCUGCCUACAGAAUUUCCAAUGCCUCUUUAAAAACCAUUUACUAAAAAUACGCAAGCAUUUGUUGUGGCAGAAGGGUUACUUCCAAAGACUAUUUUGAACAUCUAGUGUUGGGGCUGGGCCUCAGAAUACCAAUAAAGUCAAUCAUUUGUCAACUUCUUAUUUUUAUUUUCACAAUUGGUGUUUCAGUAUGUUAAAAUAUAAAUACAAUUUCUUUCCGGGAUGGGAAACCUGUGGCCAGUGCCAGAUUUACGUAUAAGCUAAACAAGCUAUAGCUUAGUGCUCCACUCUCUUGGGAGGCCCCAAAAAAUUUAAAGGAAAAAAAACCUGGAUGUACAUUUCCAAAAUAUAAGAUAAAAAAAUAAAUAAAAUAAAACCUACAUACAGCAACAGUAUUUUGUGUUGUAUAGGCUCCUAUGAUAUAAGUACAGAGGUACCUCGGGUUAAGUACUUAAUUCGUUCCGGAGGUUCGUACUUAACCUGAAACUGUUCUUAACCUGAAGCACCACUUUAGCUAACGGGGCCUCCUGCUGCUGCCGCACCGCCGGAGCAUGAUUUCUGUUCUCAUCCUGAAGCAAAGUUCUUAACCUGAAGCACUAUUUCUGGGUUAGGGGAGUCUGUAACCUGAAGCGUAUGUAACUUGAAGGGUAUGUAACCCAAGGUACCACUGUAAUAGGCCCUGCCUGCUAGCCUGCUCCCUAAAAUAUCACUGGUUUGCUCAUUUCUAUAUACAGGGUGCCCAUAAAUUACCAGCUGGACAUAUAAAGGGCCCCAUUACCUCCAGUAGCUUAAACCUAAAUCCUGGCUUGUGGCCCUCCUGAUGUUGGUAGACUCCAACUCACAUCCGUCCCAGCCAGCAUGCCCAAUGGUCAGGGAUAAUAGAAGGGAUAAUAGAAGAUCAUCAAUAACUGGAGGGCCACAGAUUACCUAUUCCUGAUUUGCUUCACUAUUUCAGCAAGCAAGAGAAUGAUAAUUGAUGUUCAGUUUUAAAAUGUGCCCUAUGAUUGCUAUCACACGAGUUUCAUGCAAUGUUUUUCGUUUCAGACAUAGAUGAAUGCUCACUUGGCCAAUAUCAGUGUGGGAGUUUUUCACAGUGUUACAAUACGCAGGGAUCUUACAAAUGCAAAUGUAAAGAAGGAUACAGAGGUGACGGAAUGAACUGCAUAAGUACGUAAUGAUCGUUUUCUUCUUGAAUUCCAAAUCCCGAAACAUCGCCAGGCAUCCUUGUGCCAUCACACUCAUCUAAUUUUGAAGGAAUGGAUAGUGUAUUUAAAGUUUUAUGAGCCUUGAUAUGCCAGUGUAAAAAUAAAUUUCCUCAAGCACUUUUCGUUUUUAGAAUGAAAAGCCAGUGGUUGUAGUUUGCAGUUACAUCUCUGUACAUUGCUCUAAUUGUUUUAAUGUUUUGCAGUCUGUGGUUUUUCUUAGGAUUAUGGUCUGCUUGCCUAAGCCUUUCCUGUUGACUGUUAUUAAUGCUUUUUCUGUCAUGGUGUGCAUUGCAUAAAAUUGUAAUUCUCAGUAGUUAACUUCAGCAGAUCACACGUCUCUUAUGAUUUCAUUAUAGAGUUCAAGUACUAAGCAAUGUGGUCUUUCUUAAGAAGUCUCCCUAGCCAUGUACGCACUAGUCCCUCUUUGAGUUGAAAGCUAUUUUCCUACUUUGCACUAUCAGUUGCUUUUCACAGCUCAGGGCCUCAGUGCCCAUUUCAGGAAGCCUCCCUUGAAGCAAAUAGUUAUAGCUUGAUCUUAACUGAACAUUUGGAAGUCAUUGGCUUAACCCAGUGGAGUCUGGUCAGGUUCAGUGGCAGAGUGUGCAGAAAGCUCCAAAUUCAGUGCUUUAUAAUUCGGAUUUCAGGUAGCAGGUAGCCCUCUGUCUGAAACCUUGGAGAGGUUAAGGCCACCUGAAAAGAAGACAGAGUUUGGCCAGGUGUACCAAUGGUUUGAUUCAGUAUAAGGAAGCAUAGUAUGUUCACUGUUUUCGCUGAAAAUAGUUAUAUGUGAAGAAUCACAGGAGAAAGGAAGAAAACCUUUAAAGAUGUCUUUAUAGACAUCCGCAUUUGUAAAUUCUGUUCCCCAAAUUACUCCUUCCUGUUGUCUGAAGCAUGUUGAAAUCUUUAGGGACUUUGCAUGGUACAGUCACCUCUGAGUUUGUAAAGUUAGAGAGUUUAUAAAGUUAUAGAAGCAAAUAGUAACUUCUGUUUCCUGCAUGCUUUUGACAGCAUGUGACUAGCUUUUAAGAGAGAUCUGAGAAUCUGUGCAAGAGAAGCUGCUUCUGGCUUCUUUUGCUUUGCUUGUUGGGAGGGAUUUUCUGCAUGCGAAUUAGAAACGUGCUUGCUUGUCAUUGUGAAGAAACAAGAUUGGUAGUGUGGUUAUUGUUGGACUGCACAGACACCUGACUUGGUGAGGCAACCUGCAUGAAAGACUUUGAUGGAUCCAAAUAGGUGAUUUUCAAAGAUGUCUUUCUUUCGAGAACGUGACUGAUAGCCUUGCUGAUAGUGCUAAAUCUUUCACCAGCUUUCGAUAUUAUUGAAAAUGAGACGGGUUUUGGCUCAGCUGAGGCGCAUGGCAGAGGUGAACGGGAUCCUUUUAAUGUGCUUCUCUCUGAGAUGGCAUAUCAGAGGGAAAUGUGGGGUAAGGGAUGGUCUCUGUCUGUCUUUGUACCGUUCCUAAUGCAGUGAGGCUUCAACCCUUAGACCUUUAGACGUUUGGAUGACAGAUAACCAAUGUAACGGUUGCAGCAAAUGAUCAAUCCUCUUCCUUAACAAUAAUUCCUUUGUUGGUUUCUUCAUUUUUGUGGGGAAGGAAGGAUGUCGUUAUAGCUUUUCAAACACGAAGUGUCUCAGUCAUCUGAAAAGAUUAUUUGUUCUAUGUCAAGGCUAGAUGGCUAUUUGUAUUUACCUUAUAGAUGAAGCCUGUAAAUUACAACAAAAGCACAUGUUAAACUUGCUAGGAAGAAGCUGCUAAAAAUGUCCUCCCUUCAAUCCCGAUUACAUCACCCAAAGAUGACCCUUUGAAAUUAAUGAACAUGGGUUGACUCUGAGUGGAACUUUGUUAGACACAAUACAAAGUCUAGACUUAACCUGCUGUGUAAAUUGUCACAUUGCACUGUGAAUCUCCAGAGCCUUGCUUCACAUUUCUAGUGGCUAAUGCCAAGGGCACGGGAGACACAGAUUGUACCGUGAUGGCCCGAAUAUAAGCUGCACCUUCAAAAUAGGAGGGUGGGAAAGGAAAAUAAAAAUAAGAAAUACCCAAAUAUAAGCUGCAUUGCCAGUGGCCUUUCCCCUUCCUCACUCUCUCCCUUCCUGGCCUUGGGGGAAAGGACGGGGGACUAUGCGUGGGGCGGGCGCCACUUUGCUGUUCUCCUGGCGCUGUUUGCCCCAUGGUCCUGGCUGCAUACUGUAAGGUCUCGAAUUUAGGAAAAAAGUGAGGCUUAUAUUCAGGCCAAUACGGUAAUAGAAGUGUUCCAAUAUGUUCUGGCGUACAGCCUAAGAGUAGGGUCAAAGACAGCUUGAGUCCCUGCACCAAUGCUACAGCCUAUUGAUGUUGCUUAGCAAGCACCACCAUGCAGCCUAGCUCUGUCAUGCAAGACUAUCCUGGUGGGAUAGGGCUAUAUCACAACAUGGGUAAGUUAGGCCCACAGAAACCACAGAGGUGCCAGUCUCUUCCCCUGGGGAACUCUUUCUAAGUGUAGAAUCACAUUUCAGCAGCAGGGACUCAAUUCACACCUUAUGGCACUGCAGCUUAGGCCAAUUCAUAUAUGUAGAACUCGCCCCACCCCAAACAAAUACCUUAACAUUUCAGCCAGAUAGUCUUGUACUUAUAGUUCUUCAAAACUUAUAGUUUUCCUUCACUUCAGAGGUAUUCAUGUACACUUUUCACGUGCUCAGUUUGUGGGUUCUUGAGUGUGUUGGUUGUGUCAGAUUUGAUUCGGUGUUUUCAAACACAUCCCUGAAAAGACCAUGUCCUAUACUGUGGUCUGUGGUUGACCAGCGGUUCACAAACUUCAUUCAGGUGGUUUGCAGCAUGUCUAUAAAAAUAUAAUGAAAAACCAGCAUCUAGCACAGAGCGUUACAAUUGCUGCAACAGGCAGAAAAAAAAUAUAUAACUGGUCCACCAAGAUCUCAGCAAUUUUCAAGUGGUCCAUGGGAAUAAAGUCUGGGGACCAUUGAUCAGCGUCAACCUUGCACACUAUUCUCAUUAUUAUGAGAGGGUGUGUAUGAGCAAUAAUAUCAAUCACAUUUCAAAAGUAAAAGAGAGGAGGAAAGGAACUGGUAUUAACAGAUGCUGUGAGUAAUGCGAUGCUGUUCAUAUAAUCAUGAAGCAAACAUAAGUUCCGAAUAUUUCAAUUGUGUCCUUGGUAUGCUUUGCAUAGAGAGAUAACAUCAUCCGUGUGUUUUUUUCCUUCAGCUAUUCCCAAAGUUAUGAUUGAUCCAUCUGGCCCACAUACUGUAUUUAAGGGAAAUACAACCUUUCCUAAAGGCAGUGGUGGCAUGACCAAUAGGAUACCUGAAACUGGUGGUGUGAGGCAUCCCAUCAAACCACCUAAUCCACCAGCUACAGCGAGGCCUCCUUUCAGGACAACAAUGAGACCUACCCCAAAACCAACCAUGAGGCCAACACACAAACCAAUUACCAGGUUUGUACCCAAGCCUGCAACCACAAGGCCAGCUUUGAAGCCAGUGACAAGACUCCCACCAGUCACAAGGCCCCCGACGCCGCCUCCAACUCCCCCUAAGCCUGUAACGACAAAAACACCACGACUCACAACUAAAGAGCCGCUGCACUUUCCUAGUGAAACCACAGCUCCGCAGGGAUUCACAGUUGACAACAGGAUACCAAUCGAUCCUCAGAAACCGCGAGGAGAUGUCUUUAGUAAGUACCACCGAAUCUUUUUCUAUCAACGAACCUUGCCGUUCUGUACAUGGAAAACAUUAGAAGUCUCAUGCAACACACAAAACUGUAAAUAGCUAUAACUGUAGUUUUGGUCACUCAAGGCCUGGGCGACUUGUGCCAUAGCUAAAACUGGUAAAUUAACUGUGACGUUGGUUAAAUGCUUUUUUAAUGAAAGCAUUUAACCAAAGAUCUGGAAGGCAACGAAUCGAGCAAGUUGCUGUGUUAUGGAAAGUUUCUUCCACUUUACGACUGAAUGAAACGAGGGACACGAAAUAGAUAAAGCGGUGACUUUAUUGGCUCCAUAUCUAUUUUCGAGUGCAAGCUUUUAAGUGGCACAAUGCUCUUAUCCAUGAAUUCACAGAGUCAUCCCCUCGGUAUUUAUUGCUAAGCAACUGCAAAAAUCAAAUUAAAAAUAACUUUUGAUUCCUGCUUUAUGGAAUGUGCCCACCAAAAGGAGACACGUUUAAAGCUCGUGGUGCUGUAAAGAUGCUCCUCGUAUGAGGAAGUAUCUUUUGGAGAGCUGUAUUGAUACUGCAUUACUUUUAUGCCAAGUUGACUUCAUGCCACAGAUGACACUUGCUGGCUUGCUCAUUUUAGCAUGCCUGCCAAGAAAUACCCAGCACUCUGUUUCAUCUAUAACACCAGGGCUGAGGUUAAUUAUAGAGCUUGGGGUUGGUAUUUGGACAAGUCUUGCUCUUCAGCCUCAUAAACAGGAGCAUUGCUGAGCAAAAUAGUCUGUGAGUUUUGUUAUCUUAUGGCAGAUGGACAUGUGCAUUCCUUAAUGGCUUUGGGAGUGAUUUUGGCUUGGCUUCAGCAACUCCCAGCAGCACAGUUUGAGGCAUGUUAAGCUCUUCCCCUUGUUGAAACGACUAUCUGGUUUGAUAUCUGUUCCUUUUAAGUACAUGCUGCAGAUAUGAAGGCUUGAUAAAUUGGGACAGAAGAAACAAAACACGACAAAAGGUUUAAGGAAAAUGAAGUCACAAUCUGGGAACGUACAAUUCUUGUUGAAAUAAAGAGGAACCAUACUGCGAUUCCCAUUCAUUUCAAGGGUGCUCAUGCAGGCACUGUUCGCAGUGUGACCAAAAUAUUGCUUCUGUGUUGGCAUUAUUAAAAAGUGUCUCCUUUCUGUCUGUUUUUGGAAAAGAAUAUUGUGUUGUAAGCAUCUUUCAGUUUAAUGUAUCCAAGUACAGUUGUACCUCAGGUUACAGACGCUUCAGGUUACAGAACUUUGCUUCAGGAUGAGAACAGAAAUCAUACAGCGGCGGUGCAGUGGCAGCGGGAGGCCCCAUUAGCUAAAGUGGUACCUCAGAUUUAGAACAGUUUCAGGUUAAGAACGGACCUCCGGAACAAAUUAAGUUCUUAACCUGAGGUAUCACUGUAAAAGAAUAAGUUAUAAGUACAUUUGUACAGAUAAAAGUAUUUUCAACGCUCUGGCUGACCAUUCAAGUGGUCUAUAUUGUAAUGUGCUUGUGGCAGUAAAGCCACAGUGUGAUUGGCAGCCAGGGUAGCAUGAUGGCAUGGAGUGCUCACAGGUUCUAAGGCAGGGGUCAGCAACCUUUUUCAGCUGUGGGAUGGUCCACUGUCCCUCAGACCAUGUGGUGGGCUGGACUAUUUUUUUUUUGGGGGGGGAAAUGAAUGAAUUCCUAUGCCCCCAAAAUAACCCAGAGAUGCAUUUUAAAUAAAAGCACACCUUCUACUCAUGUAAAAACACCAGGCGGGCCCCACAAAUAACCCAGAGGUGCAUUUUAAAUAAAAGGACACAUUCUACUCAUGUAAAAACACACUGAUUCCCGGACUGUCCGCGGGCCGGAUUGAGAAGGCAAUUGGGCCGCAUCCGGCCCACGGGCCUUAGGUUGCCUACCCCUGUUCUAAGGGUUCACCUCUGAAAAAGCAGCCCAUCUUCCCAGUUUGGCUGGAAUUUUGUCCUUUUGCAGGUUCUAAGUCCGAGGGUACCUACAUAAAAGAGGAAGAAAGUGGAGGGAAAGGGAAUUGUCAUAGAAAGGAGCAAGUGAAAGAGGAUACUUGGAAGAAAUUGCCCAGUACUUAAGGAAGUCAUAUGGGUGUAAGGAGUAUAGGGUGAUAGGUGUGCCAUGCAAACACCACAUAUCAUCCUUGCAGAAAUGUCAGGUACUCAGCAUGCAUGCCUUGACAUUCUGAGUUACAGAUAUAUGCAAGUCAAGGCAAUAUUAACCAAAUGCUAUCCUUUAGUUGAUAUACAUGGAAGCAAAGGCACAGCUGUGUGUUCUGCACACAAGAUUCCUUUCAUGCUCUGGAUGCUAACGAUUUGUUAAGCAUUCCUAUGGUGGUUGCCCUGAGGCCUUUUUCUUUCCAGAGAGCCCAGGGCCAGUUUAUGUUGCCUUUUAUUAACUUAACUCGAGUCAGUUUUUGAAAAAUAGUGUGGACAAUGAAAUAAAGCUUUAAAUUUAAGUUUUAGGUGGAUAUUGCCUGGCAAGGCACUCUCUCCCUCUCUCCCCAUGCUCUAACCAACUGAGCCAACCGACUUCCAAGUAGCAUUAAAGGAGAAAGUUAAACUUUCCAGAACAGUCGCCCCCUUCCAGCUGCUUUUUGUUCAAGAAGGAUUGCGCCCAGUCCUGAACAAACUACUUAAAUAAACUGCUAACUCUUUGUGUAAUUUGGACCAAAAUAAUUCAGAGCAGUGAUUUCCCCCCUAGAAAAUAUUUUUUAUUCAGCUCACACCCUGCUUUCUUUUCUGACAAGAUUAUCGCCCAAAGUGGCUUGAAAUUAAAAGGCACACUGUAUAAAGGCACAUCAAUUGCCAGGGAUCUUCUUGUCCCUGACAGUCGAUGACGUAGUCCAGGAUAAAAGCAUGCUGGCUAAUAGGGGAAAAAAGCCAACCCACAGAAUCUGUCCUGAGCAGAAGGACAAUCAAAGGCAGCUACUUUUCUGUAGGUAUUUUUGAGCCGGUUAACUGCGCAACUCUUUUUAUUUGAUUUUUUAAAAAGUUUUGUUUGUCGUUUUUUGCUAUUUUAAUGGUGGGUUUUAUGAUUUUCUUUUUUGUUUAAUGUUCAUACUAUAAUCAUGUUUUGCUACAAACUGCCUUGAGGACCCUGUUAGCAGCACAUAAAUAUUUUUUUUAAAAAAAAUCAUAACCAUUAAAUAAUAGGAAGGUACAACAUAAGCUCAAAACUAGCACUGUAAUUAACCUUAUCUAAAGAUACCAUAAACAGGUGCCCUCUCAGUUUAGACAGAAAAUUUGUGCAGGGCAUGUGAUGGGAAUCUUUUCUUCUGUAUUCAAAACCCAUUUGCCUAGACAAUUUCUUACUAAAUUGUUAGAUAAAAUAACUCAUUUGGUUAUAAUCUCUGUAAGAAGGAUUUUAGAUUCUGUCCCCUUUACAUUUUCAGUUUCAUGCCUUCAGUCUGGACCAGUUUGGGGAGUUUUAUUUGAGAUGUGUCCUUGGCCAACUACUACUACUACUACUACUACUACUAUUAUUAUUAUUAUUAUUAGUGUACCUGAAGAUCACAGGGUGGUUUACAGUAUAAAAAUACAAAAUGAAAAUACAAAAUAAUAUCUUAACAACAACAGCAACCAAUAACACCCACCUCCCACAAACACAUUUAAAAGGCUAUGGUUUGUUUAAUCAGCCAAAUGCCUGGCUAUAGAGGAAUGUUUUUGCCUGGCGCCUAAAGAUAUGUAGUGAAGGUGCCAGGCAAGCCUCCCUAGGGGGAGCAUUCCACAGACAGGGAGCCACCACAGAAAAGGCCUGUUCUCAUGUGCUACACACUGGAACUCUUGUGGAGGGGGCACAUGAAGAAGGACCUCAGAUGAUGAUUGUAGGAUCCAAUCAAUUCAUAUGGGGAGAGGCGGUCCUUGAGGUACUGCAGUACUGAGCCAUUUAAGUCUUUAGGGGUCAAAAUCAGGACUUUGAAUUCUAAAUUCAAUGAGCAUUCCAUGCCUACUAAUCCCACUCACCAAGCUUUUGUGUUGUCUUAAAGAUUUUCAGUAUUGCCAUUUUCCUGAGACCUGCUGAUAUCUCCUCCUUGUGUGCAGAUGGCAGUUUUGAGUACGUAAGGAUCAGCAGUCGAGAAUGAGUUUUCUAUUAGCUCAUAGGGUGGUUGUGUUUCCUUUUCUGCAUCCUCUCUCUCAAGAAAGUCCUAAUUUAACAAUCUCUUUAAUCUCAUGGCUGAUAUUUAGUGCUCAGGUUUUCUGACAGCAUUGAGUAAGCUUCUUUUUGCCCCGUUGAAUCAACUUGAAACCGAGACCCUUAAUCAUGGCUUACCACAAUGCAACUCUUUCCCAACCAAAUUCAGCCACUGGCAAAUAGAUAAAAGCAUUCAAGAUUAAAAGGCAGAGUGAAAAAUUGGUUUUAAUUAGCCCUUCAAAAUAUUCUGUUCCCACUCCCUCCUCUUGGCACUCCUGUUUUCUAGAGAUCUUUAUUUACUUUUUGUUAUUUUUUUGGAAUUAAUAUGCUGCCCUAGCAAGCCAAGCAUUUCCACCACAACUCCACCCUUCUGCCAAAGAAUGCAGAAAACAUCAAAAUUACAUUUAAUGAACUUAAUAGGUUGAAAUAAAUGGGAAAUUUAAACAGUUUCUCAUUAGGAUUUUUGUCACCUACUUUUAAUUUAUAUGAAUUGUGCAUAUAUUGGGAGAUCUGUCACAGGAUUCCCCAUCCAUCCUUAUUUGUUGCAAAGUUAGAGUUGUGUGUUCAGAUGAAUUAGUUCUGCCUUCAGUUUUAACAAAAAUGUGUCUAAGGGAGGAAAGAGCUAAAAAAAUGAAGGGCAAUGAAAGCUUUUAUUAAAUGAAGGCUAACUUGUAUAAAUACAAUGGCUGUAUUGUUUAUUUGUCAACCUUAUUUUGAAAGCCAAACAUGCUGUGCAGAGAUAAUAAGGGGAUAAAAUGGCAUUCAGAUGUCAUAUAGAAUAGUUUAAAAAAAUUAAAACAAUAUGGCUAGAUAUCUAUGAUUAUACAGUGGUACCUCUGGUUAUGAACUUAAUUCGUUCUGGCGGUCUGUUCUUAACCGGAAACUGUUCUUAACCUGAGGUACCACUUUAGGUAAUGGGGCCUCCCGCUGCUGACACUACGCGAUUUCUAUUCUCAUCCUGAGGUAAAGUUCUUAAUGCGAAGUACUACUUCUGGAUUAGCAGAGUCUGUAACCUCAAGUGUUUGUAACCUUAGGUAUUUGUAACUCGAUAUACCACUGUACAGCGGUCACAGUAAAUCUUCUGGUACAUAACUCAUUUCUUUGAAGAUGUGCAAGAAAUAACUUUAUUGGUUCUUUCCCCUGUUAUAUCCACUCAAGAUACAUAGCAACAAUAUAAUAAUAAUAAUAAUAAUAAUAAUAAUAAUAAUAAUAAUAUAUUAUUUGUACCAUGCCCAUUUGGCUGGAUUUCCCCAGCCACUCUGGGCGGCUUCCAACAAAGACAAAAAAUACACUAAAAUGUCACACAUUAAAAACUUCCCUGAACAGGGCUGCCUUCAGAUGUCUUCUGAAUGUCAGGUAGUUGGUUAUCUCUUUGACAUCUGGUGGGAGGGCAUUCCACAGGGCAGGCGCCACUACCGAGAAGGCCCUCUGUCUGGUUCCCUGUAGCUUUUCUUCUUGCAAUGAGGGAACCGCUAGAAGGCCCUCGGCGCAGGACCUCAGCGUCUUGGCAGAACGAUGGGGGUGGAGACGCUCCUUCAGGUAUACUGGGCUCAUGUGCAGAGUAUAUUCUAUGAAAGGCAUAUUUCAAGUAGUAUCCUUUGCAACAUUCCUUCAGUCAGAAUUCACAUACACAAAAAGGCAUUUGACCACGUUUCUUCUCCCUAGUUAAAGGUUUUAACCAGUUAAGAUUGCAUCCAGUGGGGCAAUAAAACUGCUAGCACAAUUGCAAAGCUAAGCAGGGUCCAGGAUGGUUUCAAAGUGGCUGAGGGACCGCAUGUUGAGAUUCCUGCAUUGCAGGGGGUUGGUCAGUUUCAACAAGGAGUGGUUUAAAGCAGGCUUUUCCUUUGGGGAUUGUGUUGAAGUGGAGAGCAUCCUCCGCUUUGCCUUGGUCAACCAAUACACACCUGACUUGUUUAUGUGAGGGAAGAGCCGUAGCUUAGUGGUAAACCCUUGAAUGCAGAUGGCCUCUGGUUUGAUCCUUAGAAUCUAUGGGUAGGGCUGGGGGUGCCCCAGGAUGCCUGAAACCCCAGAGAGCUACACCUAGUCAGUGUAGACAAUACUGAUAUGUCCAGUGGUCUGACUCAGUACAGGGAAGCUUCCUAUGAUUCUUGCAACUAGAUCCUGCACACAACCAGUUGGACACAAGCCAGCAGAAUGCAGGCAUUCCAAAUGAUUUCUGUACACCUGGUAAUCAUGUGUACCUACUGGAUUUGAAAGUGGGUCUUGUCUGCAAAAGGCUCAUGACAAAACUGAUUACUUUUUCUAAGAUGCCACCACUCUAAAAAGGCUGCACUGCAGUAGCAGCAUCUCUGUGUUUUGAAAUGCUGCCACGAUAACAAUUGCUAUGUCAGGGAUAGGAAAGGAGGAGAAGGAGACAGUAGAAGUUUUCUAUGGGGGCAAAGUCUGCUAAGUUCGAAGCGCCGUUGAGCUUUUUCAACUUACCUUUGACAGAAACCAGAUAAACGUUACUGUAUAAGUUGUUGAGUGGGGGCUAUAAAUCCAUAUAUGAAAGGCGAUUAAAUAGAUUGAAUUUUCCAGGAGCAUAAAGCAUUCCCUCCUUAUUUAUUUAUUUAAUGUUAAAGUUGGAAUUACUCAGUGGCCUACUUCCUUAUCUACUGCAUUCAUUCCUUCUAAAUAGCUUCCUUUUUUUUUCUCCUUCCCCCAGUUCCACGCCAGCCUGGAGUGAGCAAUAAUCUCUUUGAAACAUUUGAAAUUGAAAGAGGGAUUAGUGCCGAUGACGACGAAGCGAACGAUGAUCCAGGUGGCCACCACAGUUCUCACAUCUUCUUUUAAUUGUGUUUCUUGUUGGCUUAUGGUGUGUGCGUGCAACAUUUUUACUCCUUUCAUUUGCAAUGCGAUCCUUGAGUCAACUGGCCUACAAUCUGGCGCUGAGACACACCACCCUUCAGACCCGUUUACUUUAAGCUCUGAGCCCUGAUCGGGACCUGCCUCCAAGUCUGAUGCCCCUGCAGUCCCCAGCUCUUGUGUCCAGAUCACUACCGGAUACAGGGGUCAUCAUGACACUUUUUGGUGCCACCUAUGAAAAUGGACUAAGGAGCCCCUUAAGGUCCAAGGGUUUGAAGACACCUCUUUGCUGAAUCUAAGCAGGGCUGGUCAGUGCCUGGGCCACCUGGGAACCAUACACAUGUCACCUUGGAUUCCAUGAAGGGGGGGGGAUGAAAUAAAAUAGAUAAAAGAUUUUACCAGCAUUCUCCAACUCCUAGUAAUACAGGGUGAAUCUAUGUUAUAGGUUGCAGUUGAUGCUGCUAGGUGUGUGCUGUAUUUUCCUGCAGCAAACACAACUGUUGGGAAAAACAUAGUCACCAUUAGUAUUUGUGUUUGCCAUAAAAAUAUGGACCACAUUUGAUAGCAAUAAAAGUGCAAUAGGGACAGUUCUUACAAAAAAACAAAAACAAAACACAAAACACACCCACAAUAUUGAAGCCUUAAUAAAACCCAUAGGCCCAACUUUCUCUUUGCAGAUCUGAUUUGAUCACUCCUCCCCACCCCACCCCAACAUUGGCUAUAAAUUCUAACCAACCAGCUUUAGGCUGAAAAGUUCACCAGCUCCAACAGUCAAGACCUUACGCUCUUUUUUUGACCUUUGACCUGCAGGUGUUCUGGUUCACAGCUGUAACUUUGAUGGUGGUCUGUGUGGGUGGAUGAAGGAGAAAGACGAUGAUUUGCACUGGGAACCUGUGAAAGAUGCCUCAGGUAUUGCUUGAUUUCCUUGGAUUUCGUUCAAGCCUAUUUUAUCAUCAAAGUUUGAGGGGCAAGAAACAAGCAAUCUGAACAGCCACACAGUUGUGUAGUUGGGUAAUUUUCUACUCCAGACUUAAAGAUUUUAUGGAGGGGAGGUAAUGUGUAGGGCCGAUUCCAGGUGUUUUUUGGGGGGGGGAUUCUUAGGAGGAAUUGACAGGUGUCAAUUUCUUUUUCUCUCAGUUUCUCAUUUUUUCUAGUCUUAAGUUUGCUUUACCACAUUUCAUGGAAUUUCCUUAUGGCAAUUCACCACAAUUUUAGUGUGCAUUUCUCCUAAGUUAAUACUCAGGAUAUUUAAGCCCAGAAACAUGUGGGUCUCUCACCUAUUUGUUGCUACAAGCAGCUAGACAUUCACAGUAACUGGUGUCUCUGACAUACAGGACACAUCUAGCCAGUUCAAUAAUGCUUAAGAGAGUAUCAUGUUUCAAAAUAGGAUGUUCUUUGAGAUAGACAUCUCUACUGAAACUCUACAUGUGUAUAUAUAAGACUUGCUUACAUGCAUGGAUCUUUCUUGCUGGAGCAGGGCAAUUGUUUUGUAUGUUUGAUUGUUUUUUCUAUCACCACUUUCAUAUAAAACCUAUGUAUCCUGUCAUGAACUCCACCCCCAGCUUUGAAACACUUAAUAAAAUGAGAUCAAAAUAAAGAAAUCCACAUUAAUGUUUAUGUGGCACGAAGACUCAUUCAGCAGAGUUUUGACUUCUUGCAUGAAAGGCCCCAUGAAAUAAGUGAUUGAUACUACAUGCUUUUUGAUUUUGGCUCUUCUGAAUGGUGCCAGUCUUCUGGUUUUCAUUUAGCAGCUGAUGACUUUUGAACAGAUAAUAUCCCAGAGAGGAAGAGGUGCAUGAAUGACUUCAGAUGAAUCCCACAUGCUUGGCAGCAAGGGAAUGGACACUAGGGAGUACUGGGGUCUUAUUCCAUGUUUAUUGGGUUUGGGGCAAUUUUUACAAAUAUGAACGUGCUGUUUUUUUAAAAAAAAAUAAUAAUGGGUGGGAAUCCAAGGCUGUAAUCAUAUGCACAUUUACUAGGGAGCAAGACUCAGAGAACUAAGUGACUCUCCCAUGAUGAGUUUCAGACAGUAAGUUCAGGCCAUACAUCCAAGCAACUGAUGUAUGAACAAUCUGAGUUAAGCAAGGGAGGAUUGUCUAGUAAGUCCUAGGUUAUUAACACUGUUCUGUUGCUGCUGCUCUUUAUUUGCGCAGCAAGAGAACUAAAGAAUUAUAGAAAGCUGGCAUAAGUUCUAUUGACAUGUGUCGCACUAGGGUAAGUUACUCCUCUUCCAAACUCCAUUCAGAAGGAAUUUGACUUACACUACCUUUUUUGCUGCGGGUGAUGCGGGUGGUGCUGUGGGUUAAACCACAGAGCCUAGGACUUGCCGAUCAGAAGGUCAGGGGUUCGAAUCCCCGCGAUGGGGUGAGCUCCUGUUGCUCGGUCCCUGCUCCUGCCAACCUAGCAGUUCAAAAGCACAUCAAAGUGCAAGUAGAUCAAUAGGUACCUCUCCGGUGGGAAGGUAAACGGUGUUUCCGUGCGCUGCUCUGGUUCACCAGAAGUGGCUUAGUCAUGCUGGCCACAUGACCCGGAAGCUGUACACCGGCUCCCUUGGCCAAUAAAGCGAGAUGAGCGCCGCAGCCCCGGAGUCGGCCACGACUGGACCUAAUGGUCAGGGGUGCCUUUACCUUUACCUUACCUUUUUUGCUGGUUAUAUUAUGCUGGCAUUAUCGGAGUACAAUCUUCCAGCCAGGUUAAAACACUCAGAGUGCAAAGCAUUUCCAGUGAAGGGUUGUGACCUGUUCAGAGCACCAGGUAGAGAUGCCUGGAUGGCCACAUUUGCCCCCAAAGCCUGAAGUUUCCAACUUGUGCUUUAGUUUAAGUUUGAUGACUAUGAGCAUUUUGAGUCAAACAUUUUCUUUCUUUCUCUUUCUCUCUAUUAUUAUAGGAGGACAGUAUUUAUCUGUCUCUGAACCCAAAGGAAAAUCGGGCCACGUUGCACGCUUGGUCCUUCCUCUUGGCCAUUUAGGUCACUUUGGGGAUCUGUGUCUGUCCUUCAGGCAUAAAGUGUCUGGGAUCCAUUCUGGUUUACUUCAAGUCUUUGUGAGAAAGGCCGGGGCUCACGGACCAGCAGUUUGGGGAAGGAAUGGUGGUCAUGGCUGGAGGCAAACACAAAUAAGUCUGCAAGGAUCUGGCAUCAAGAGUGUGAGUAUCAUUCUAGGGUGCAUGGAAAAGGGAGUUCCUGAGAAUGAUAUUAUUCUUUAUUAAACUCCACAUGUAAAAUGUUGUAAAAUGUGGCUACUGGGUUUGAAUCCCUGAGAUUCCUGGGUAUGGUUAAUAAUAAUAUAAAAAGUUAAAAAUUAAGCUUUCCUUCCCAGACAUAGAAUAAUUGUCAUUCCCAGUUUGGCCACAGGAAACUGUGGCUUAACAAACCAUGAUGACUCCUCCAUAGCCAGGUAUGCAAGAGGAGAAGAAAGGCAGAGGAGGGAGAACUCAACCAUAUCACAUAUUCAUGCUGCAAUAAACAGUGGUUUGUUGGUGUGCCUGUGCUUAUAAGUAAUUAGGGGUUCUCUUUUAGUUUUGCGGUGUUUCAGACCCUUUCGUUACUUUCAUCCUUGUGAUCAUGUGGAGCUAAAAAAAUCUUAGAUUAUAACAAGAGCACAUGGCUGCCUGUGGCCCAUGUGUUAUCCAGUCUCUCCUAAUUACCAUAGAUGACAGCAUUCCUGUUGUACUUCAAAAGCAGUCAUCAACUUCCUCACUGUUGGGAGAAAGCCAUGUUGGCAGGAAGUGGAGAUCUCCCUGAAAUAGAAUGUCUCCCUUCACUGUUGCCAUUAAACAAGAGGCAUUGUCAUAGUUAAGACCAAACUCAGGUUGCAUGAGCUAUGAAGAUGGUGGCAGUUCUCACAGUUUCUGUAAGAGCAGGGAUUGUAUCAGUGUCUUUGGAGUGUUUGAGCCAGAUGCAUUGAGAAGACAGAUGAUCAGAACUGGAGUCAUGGUUAGAUUUUACCCUUAUUAUUUUAUUGAUUUAUUAAUAUACCACCUUCAGUUACAACAACAGCAGGGUGGUUUGCGACAUGAUAAAACAAAUCAAAUUUGUGUGUGUAUAGAUGCAUGCACAUACAAACCGCAACAUCCAUGAAGCAGCAAAACUGGCCUUAAAAUAAACCUUGGUGUAUUGGUGAAAUGCAAACACUGUUGACACCUGCUUCAUCAAGCCAAAGGUAAUCUAAUCCAGCAUUUUCUUCUUUGAGUAGCCAACCUGAUGCCUAGGGUUGGCAUACAAGCUCGUUGUUGAGCUGCUGCUUCUUCUUUGGAGGGGAGGCAAAAUUGUUGACUUUUUUUGUUGAGCUUUCUAUGCAAAAUCUCCAAAAAAUAAAAAAGAAGAUGUUUUGGAGCUAUUUUUAUGGAAAUUCACCAAAAAAACCCAACACUUCCAACAUGGGUUGCCAUACGACUGGGUUUUCCAUGAUAUUUUAACCAAUUUUGGGGAAUUCUGCCCGGAUGCUAUUUCCAACACUCAAAACCCAUAUUUGCCCCAGACAUAUGGCAGCCCUGCUACAAGUACAACAGCAUUUUCUGCAGAUUCUGAGCAGCUGGUAUUCAUAGGCAUACUGGAUUUGACAUUUGAGGAAAGUCCACUCUAGACACCACCAAGAAGGCCCUUCUCCAUAUGAUCAUGUGAUGUAUUUCUGCAGGAUGUGGCAUGAUCAGGAGGCCCUUUUCUGAUUAUCAAAGUGGUGCUGAUCUAUCUCUACCAGAGGCAGCUUCUAAGAAAAUGCUAUAUAAGUCAUAUUUUUCUUGGCAUACUUUUUCUUAGGCUCAUCAAUAUCACACAUAAAGUGUGACUUGAGAGUUCAUUUUGCUGUCAGAAUACAGGUGAUGCAGUCUAACCUAUGUGUUCAUGGUAAAAUAACCUCUUGUCUUUCACAAAUACACACAUUUUCCUGCACUGGGAUGAUAGCUGUGCUACAGUUUGGUUCAUACAAUAAACUUUCUGUGUUACAGUUCACAAUAGUGGGAGCUAUUGGGUGGUUGUUCUUUAUUUUUAUUAUGUAUUUUGUGGUUAUAUAUCUUGAUUUUAUUUUGUGAACCCCCCCUGAGACCCCCGGGUAUCGGGUGGUAUAUAAAUUUAAUAAAUAAAUAAAUAUUUUUCUCCCCCAGGUUAUUUUCAAAGGCGAGAAAGGAAAAGGAAGAACUGGGGAAAUUGGAUUGGAUGAUGUGAGCUUGAGGAAAGGCCUGUGUUCUCAAGACCAUUAGUGGUAAUAGACAAACUGGUAAAGAGAACGUACUUACAUUGUCCAUGGCUUUUAGCCAAGAGAGAUGGUGGACUGACAAUUGGUUCUCCCUUGCCUUUAUGAAAUCCCAGUGAACCUACAUCUAAAGAAAAUGAACUUUCCAUAAAGGACAAAGUAAGCUCAAGCCAAUGUUGGGGAUUUUCAUUAACAGUUAUCCAGCUCACGUUUGCAUAUGUGAUAAAAGCCUCCUAAAUUCUGAAUUAAGGCUAUGAAUAUCCUCUAUGAAGAAGAACCAACUGUUGCUAGGAUUCAUCAAAAGGAAACUUCAGUACAUACAGCAAUUGCAUUAAUAGACUUCUGGGUGUUUCUCCAUUUUGCUGUUUAUACUCUACCAUGGGACUGGUUCAGCUGUAUAAAUCGAAAAUAACUCAGGAAUAGACCUGAGCUGUUCUUCUACUGCCAUCAACUUUUAAAGGAGAGAGAGUGUGUGUAUGUAUAUAUAUAUAUAUAUAAAAUAUCAUUUAUUCUUUAGUUGUAUCUUAAUAACAAGAGACAGUUAUUAUAGAGUAGGCACUGCAUCCCUUAAUAUUCGUAGUGCUGUGUUAUGUAUAAAUGUGUAUGGAUAUUAAUGUAUUUAUAUGUGUUGCGUAUUUGCAGGAUCUAUUUGUAAGACUAAGUUGCAGCUGUGCACAUUCAAGUUAGAUUACAACACAGAAACCCACAAUGAUAGUCAUGCAAAGAUCAGGCAGAUCUUUAUGACAUUGGAAGCUGUUUGAAAGUUGAACAGUCUCCCUCAGAAACUGGUGAACUCUCCAUCCUCGGAGGUUUUUAAGCAGAGGUUGGAUGGCCGUCUGUCAUGGAUGCUUUAGCUGAGAUUCCUGCACUGCAGGCUGUUGGACUAGAAGACCCUUGGGGUCCUUUCGAACUCUACAAUUCUAUGAUUAGCACAUGGCCUGCCCUGCACUCCUAAACUAGCCCACUGCUCUCAGGUGCAGUGAAAGACACUGUCCCAACCAUCAGCGUUGGAGCAAAAUUCAGUUGCCGAUCUGGUUAGCUUCUGUAUCUGGAAUGCGGCCAUCCUUUUGUUCUUUGCCUCUGUCUUGGACCAGUCCAAGAACCCGCCCCCCCCCCCCCGGGAGCAGGGAAAGAGGAUGAAAUUCAAAAGCUUAUCAAGUGUUUUUUCUAGAUUGUGGCCAAACGUUUCCAUAUUGUUCAUGGAUUUUAGUGAUAUACUGGCAGUAUUAAAGUGUGUAUUUAUCAUGGGCCUGAAUCAUGUUGUAUGAUAGGAGAGCAAGUGUUCACAAAACUUUUUUUUUGUAAUCCUAAAAAAGUGUAUGCUCUUAACAACUUUACUUGGUUCAAAUUAGAUUUUUGUGUGUGUUUGUGUGUGUGUACAGUUUUUCAUGAUAAUAUCUUACAGGGCCUGGAGCUCCAAUGCAACCACCAAAAAGCGCAUCCCAAUUCAGUUUAAUGGAAGAACUCUGCACUGACAGAGACGCCCUAUCCAUUGAAGUGAAUGGGAUGCCUGCUCACAUAGGAGACUUUCUGCAUGUCAGAGUAGGGAUAUCAAACACUGAGGACUUGGUAUUUUAACCUUGAUACAGCUCACCCAACAUAUUGUGCUUUGCUUUUCGCAAUGGGCAAAAGCCGCUGAUUGUCUCCCAUAAAGAGAAAAGUCCCUGACAAAGACAUGGCUUGCUGCUUCCAAUGGCUACAAAUUGGCAUCACUUUAUCCAGCUUAAGAGGAUUUCAGUAAGGGUGUUUUUUCAAAUCGCCAAUUGGAAAAGUAGAUGCAUGAAUUGCUUUCGCAUCUGCUUACCGAGUUGCUGGUGCAAUAACUACAGGAGGGAAGUCUUAUAUCUCUUUUUGUGGUGACAUGCAUGGGCACCAGAUGUAAUGAAAGCUCAUGUACUCAUGGCUGGAUGAGGGAGUGACUUCCCCUUACAAUGUUAAAGCCAAGUUGCAUGCACAUCUUCAGUGGAACAUAGGAAGCCGCCUAAUACUGAGGCAGACCAUUAGUUCAUGUAGUCUGCAGUACAGCAUCUCAAGACAGCCUCUGGUAACUUGUCGACAGUUCUUCUAUCUCAAAAUACAUUUUUCCAUAAUUUUCACUGGCAGCUUUAUUGAUCUUACCUUUCCCCAACUAUUCAGCUUAGUCUGAUCUAACAAACAUAAAUGCUGACUUUUGUGUGUGUGCUAUUCCCUUCGUUCUUUUUGGCUGAUCUUCCUGUUUUCAUGCUAUAUAUAGAACAGCUCUAGUUACGUUCCACAGGGCGUUUUAUGGAAAUACGGUUCUUAUAAACAAGCGCAAAAAAUCUAUACCACAGAUCUCACUAUCGUGACAAGCAAUACACACAGUAUUUUACAUACAAUGAUUUUGGUCCAGCUGUAUAUAUGGGGAAAGAAGGUAUUGCACAAGAGCAGAUAAGGGGUGAAUUAUCAUUGCAUUACAGUAAAAAUGUCAAUGUGUGUCCAAACAAUAAAAUGAUGAUCUGGAUCAAGACAUCUGCAUUUGAUAUGCCCAUGUAGCAAGCUUUCUGUACACAGAGAUCUCUCUUGCUCGACCUGGGCAUUAAAAUGUACCUAAAGUCCAAUAUCAUUCAUAUAUAUAUAUAUAUAUAUAUAUAUAUAUUUCCUCCAUUCAGUGACUACUUUCCUCUCUGACAACAGUUCUUUUAUUUUUAAAAAAAUAUAUUUUUGGUGCCAACAAACCUGUAUUGCACAAAGUUCAAGUGGAACACAUUUUAUCAAAUGUACUGUAGGACAUCUUAAUAAUUUAAUAUGGUUUUAAAGAAAUGAAUACUUUUCCAAAACAGACUCAAAAUAAAGACAUCUUUGUAAAUUCA